CUUUCAUUUACCAUGUAUAUCUCUUUCUAUAAUGUGUGUGUUGCUUAGUAAACGCCUCCCAGUACUUAUAGUUUAUUAUAGCUAAUGUGAAACACUCCCAGUUGUAAACAGGAAAUUACUCAAUCUGUAAUAUGUGUUUUGGUUAACCUGUUUUACACCAGUUAAUUUUUUUUGUCUAUAAUCUUCGGCCAAAUGUGUGAGUUGCAGCAAGCUAAUACUAUAUUGUCAGGUUAUACUGGUGUAUAUUUUAUUAUAUGUCUUUAUUUUAUUUUAUUUUUUAUGACCUCUAAAACUUGUGUGGUACUUUCACAGAGGGCAAAUAUUUACAUGCAUACAGGCCAUAGCUUCCUAUUGGUCUAUCUUAACUCCUUUUAACCAGAUGGACCCAGUUUCUCAAUGUGCUGGACAUAAUUACAGAAAAUGGUUUGUAGGUGUGUUUAUUAAGGAAUUAAAAUGUGUUUCAUGGCACAGCUCUUAGCUUUAGAAAUGUUCUGUGUCACAUCAAAGAGGACAUUAUAACUGAGGAUCUGUACAAAAAAGGUCACUUUGUAACUUUCUUCAUUUAAACAUUAUGCAGGCAAUUAUAUACCGGUAGUAUAAAUUUGAGAGGGUAAAUAAAUAAAGUUUGAAAUGUUGAGUCUUUAGAUUAAUCUCACAGAGUUAGUUACUAAAGUGUGAAUCCAAAGUGAAGUUCAAAUUUAAUACCAAAAUAGCCAAAUUGGAAAAAAUCCUCUAGGUCAGCUAUGCUUCUAGUUUAACUACUUCCACCUAAAAUGUGAAAUUCUCUUUGAAUCCUCACUUUAUUGAAUAACCCUAUCAGGUAGGCCAAACCAAACUAGAAAAAUUCUCAAUGUCAGCUUUGUUUUCACUUCAGCUAUUUUGGUUUGAAAAUCACUUUGAAUUCAGACUUUAUUGAAUAACCACGUAAAAUAUAAGCAAUCACUGUUGAUAUCACUUGAAUAUCCUUGAUGUUUCAUUUACUAUUAAUUUUUUAUUCCAAAUGUGUUUGAAAUAUAUAAUACCAUCUAUGAUACCCAAUCACAUGACUUGCAGUAUUACCACACAUGUUGGGUUAACAUUAAGUCCUGUUUAUUCAUUACCUGGCUAUUUACAUGAAGUCCCCCCCCCAAACCUAUAUCUUGUUAUCCCCCCCCCAAACCUAUAUCUUGUUAUCUAGUUAAACUCUACUGUCAAGUUGUUUGCAUGAUUAGAUAAUCCACUCAGUAAAUAACUUUCUAGGUGACUUUCCCUCCUGCCAUUUAUUUACCAUCGUAUUCUCUCCUGCUUUCUAAUGAUCCAUCUCAUUAUUCAUCUCCUUCAAUCAUUCAUCUUUUACUCUUUGCUUUCUCUCCUCUCUCUCUUUCUCUCUCCCUUUGCUCUCCUCCCCUCUCUCACUCAUGCACUUUGUGCAGAGUUGGGGUCCAAAGUUCAGUAACUUGCAAAGCACAGGGAUAAAUAUGAACCUUGGAGGAUUUGCUUUGCUCUGAUGUAAACAGACAGACAAGGGUCCCUUAUCUGUUAUGUCUCAGGGAAGCCUGUUCAGGGGGUGACCGCAAGCGAGUUGUGACCGUAUAGCAAGUGUUUUUUUGGGGGGAGGAGGAGACAGAAGGUAGGUAGAGCAUGGGCCCCCGCCUGCUGAUCCCUGUUGCUGCCGCAGGAUGGUGAGGUGGUAGAAGGUAACAGGAUGGCGUCUCGUCUCAGCUACCUGCAGCAGGAGCUUCUAAGUGCUCUGCUGGAAUCUGGGGUCACUAAAGAAGCCCUGACCAAGGCUCUCACUGAUAGGGAAAAUUUUUCUUACCCCAGGGACUCUUUGGAUGAAAUGAGCAGCCUGGAAGAUGCAGAGCACUGUGUACAACUACCUAAUGGGUUAGGAGAACCCCAUAUAUCAGAAGAUGAGAGUUCUGAUGAUGGGGGGGACUUCACACCACCAAUAAUUAAGGAGUUAGAAAGACUGAGCCCCGAGGAAGCUGCUCAUCAGAAGGCCGUGGUGGAGAGACUGCUUCAGUAAGACCUGUGUGCACUGCACUCUUAUCUAACUUCUGUCGUACAUUUCCACUCUUUACUUUUACAGCAUUUCUUCUCUUAUUUCUUGAACCUAUCUUUCACUAACCUGCAAUCUCUGGGACAUUGACUACCUUGCUGUGUUGCUUGUACCUCUUAACACUCACCAACGUAAAGCUCCUAACUGUUUUCAGGACUCCAUUUGUUCUAGAUGAAAUACAGCGUACAGGAGCACUUCAAUCCCCUUUAAAUAAAUAACGAUCUAAGCAUUCAUCUGUCCUGCUUGUUAUCAUUAUCAAAAAUGAUGCAUAGUACAGAAAAUAAUACAUUUAUCCCCUAUACAGAUGGAAGCUCCUCCGACUUAUUUGGUCCAUUAUUUAACCUGGAAAGACCUGUAGUGCUAGCUGUGUCCAUUGGGGAAAGUUUCCCAUUGCACAGGGUGCUCCUGGUACCAUAUUAUUUGCUUCCUACUUCAAAGCUCUGUGUGCCUUGUUCUCUUUCAGAUUGGGGUGCUGAAUAUUCUGCAAUUUCUCUGACUGGAGUACGAUGUGUGCUCUUCUGUUCUUUCUCUCUCUCCUUGGGAUGUCCUUCUCCAAUUUUCAAUAUUCUCCUCACUCUCUCCUUACGAUGAUGUGGGUCCUGUUCAGUUUCUGUUCAGGGUAAUACACUGGGUUCUGAUAAUCACUAGGGAUCAGGGGGCCAGUGCUGGUUACUAAUUAUCCAAGUCCUCCAUAAUUUGUGCAUUUCUAAACCAAGUGGCCUCUGCCUUUUGUGAUGAUUAACUUCUGAUGAUUAACCCAUCCACUGCGUCUUGCAGCUGAGAUUAAAAUGCAAUUUACUUGUUACAUUAGCCUGCACCUCAGUGACAUGCUUUGCUUAUGUAUGUAAAGGGUAAAACAUCCAGGCCUUCUUCGUUGAUGUAAAUAAGGGGUAAAUCCAAUAAAAUAGCAAUCCUGAUUGGCUAGGUUGAUAUGUAAGGUUUUUCAAGAGUCAUAACUGGUAAAUGCUUUUCUCCAAAGGCUGGAUUCAAGGUAUCUUCCAAUCUUCCACUACGAGCAAAAAUAUUCUAGGGGUGCCCUCCCCAAAGCCCAUUCUUACCUCUCUCCUGCCCAAUUUUCCAAUUCAAAUCUUUUUAUUUGCUGGUUUUCUCAGUAGCAAAAUGUUUAAUCCAGGCCUCACACUGCCAACAGGCUCUGAGUGAACAAGUAGAAGCUGUAUGUACGAUUUGGGUCUCCUGUUAUAGUAAUCUCUUCAUAUGAACUUUCCAUUUAAAUUGGUUGUGAUGCUAUAAAUUAUCAACCAGACUCUUGUUUCCUCUGAGUUGAUAACUAACUAACUGGGUUACUUAUUGUUCACGGAACAAAAGGGAGGUGAAACGCCCUUAGAAUUGACCUCUAAAAUAGAAUGAGGCUGAGGGGUAUCAGCAGAGUCCAAGGUGAAUAUUCAGAUGAUUGGAAUAGGCAAGGGGGCAGUAGUAGAUGUAGCCCAUCCUAGACCAUUAUAAACCACCAGUACCAUUAUGUUGUUGUUACUAUUGCUUUCAGUACAGAUUAAAGUUGUUACUUUGGACCUUCAUAAAGAAUUAUAAGGUGUGGCCCCGGUACUUUAAAUAUUUCAUUAUAUGUGGCUCAUACUGGUUAUGACAUACAAUCCAAGUUAUGAAUUGUACCCCAUAAAUCCACAAUUAGCCCCCUGGACACUUACUAGAUAUAGCUCUCUCAUGAGCUAUGCAUAACAAUAAUUGUUUGCUUGCUGCUUGGACUUUGUGCUCAGAUAAGCGGUAUCAGGAGCUGAGUGAGUCACCAUAUGGUGCGUGGACUGGGCCUUCUGCUGUGUGUGCACACAGGUGUGUGUAUAUGAGCUUAAUAUAGAUCCUGCAAUCGGCUCCACAAACGCAGUCACAAUGUUACCUUGACCAGGCAGCUUACUACCAAACAGACCUGAUAUUAUGCGGAUUCAUAUCCAGUUGGUUAUUAAAAUAAUUACCCUCGUAAAGCAUUCAAAGAAAACAAAUCAGCUGAAAAAGGUGCACAUGAGGUGUCUGUAGCUACAGACAUUGUUGUGAUAUACAGCUGCAAUUGUAGGCCAAAGCGGGGAAAAUAAUAUAACAAUACAAUAUUUAACGCAGUGGUUCCCAACCUUUUUUUCUCUUGAGUAUCCCUUGGCAGCCCAUUUCCAUAUAUUGUACCCCUCCCUCUAACAAAAUGUUUGUAAUUUUAAUAUAGUUGCAUUUAUUUCAAACAUUUUUCUGUGUCCCAUAUCCCCUUUUUCUCUCAUAGGCUUGCCCUGCUUCUCCCCCACCCCAGGCUCUCCCUGCUUACAGUUUACAGUUUGACUCAGGUUCCCCCUGCUACUCCUCUGCCUCAGACACACACUGUCACACAUGCAGACACACAUAAACAAACACUGACACACAUAUAAAUACAGACACACACACACCUGGAAAUACACAGAUGCAAAGACUGAAACACAUGCAGAUACACACACUGACAUACAGAUGUACAGACACAAUGAUACACAAACAUACAGAUAAAACACUGACAUACAUACAUACACACAAAACAUACAUACAGAUACAAAGAUACAAACACUGACAUACAUGCAGAAUAAAACACUGACACACAUGCAGAUACACAGACACACACUGACACACAUACAGGUACACAGAUACAUACCCUGACACAAAGAUACAUACCCUGACACAUAUGCAGAUACAGUGAAACACAGAUACAUACUCUGACACAGAUACUCACAAUGACACACAGAUACAGAUACAGUAUGUAUCUGUGUGUCAGUGUAUAUGUGUGUCAGUGUCUGUAUCUGUAUGUCUGUGUGGGUGUCUGUGUCUGUAUGGGUGUCAGAGUAUGUUUCUGUGUGUCAUCUUGUGUAUCUAUGUGUGUCAGUGUAUGUAUAUAUGUGUCUGUGUAUCUGAAUGUGCAUCCGCAAUUACUAAAAUUAUUUCACGUACCCCCUGGGGCACUGAAUUGUACCCCCCUGGGGGUACGCUUACCACGGGUUGGGAACCCCUGAUUUAACAGGUUAAUUUACAUGUUGUAUAAAUGAGCCUUUAAAGACCACUACAGGAACAUGCCUGACUGUCUGAAUUUUAAUCAUAUAUAGAGGAAAGAUCAGUCUGGUCAGUCCAUGGAACUUUGUUUUUUUUAUCUGUAAUGGAUCAGCAGAUGUUAACAGUUGAGAAGCUUCAGUGUAGGUAUUGUUGAAAGGUUUUGAAAGGUAUAGCAUCAAAAAGCAUGCUCAGUAGGUUGCCUUUACAAAUACUGUUGACCUUUUCAAGAAGUAAGUUUUAAAAGUGAUUCAACAGUAGGUAGCUUCUCUUUAGUAUUGCGCAUGCUCAAGUGUACAACAUUGAGGUCUAUGGAGGAGCCUAGCGGAUCAUGCUUCCUGAUGAGUAAGACUUCCCUAUCCCCUUUCUGUGCUUCUUCCUCCACAGGCCCUUUUAUGUAUAUUUCUCUCCACUUCCUCACUCCCUCUGUAUGUCUAUCUCUCCCCCAGCCUCUUUUGUGUGUCUCUUUCUCCCCUUACAAGCUCCUUGUCUUUUCUGCCCCCAAUCCCUCUGUGCAUCUUCGUCCCCCUCCCCCAGCCCAUGUCUGUCUCUUUUUCCCUUUCCCAUCCCCUAUGUGUCUUUAUCACCCAAGCCCCCUUCCUCCCCAUCCCCUCCAGGUGUCUCACCCCGUCUCCCCACCCUUUAGAAACUUCUCUACUGCUGUCACACAUGCAGUUACCAACAGGAGGGGAGUGCUAUGCUUUGCUCUGACCUCCAGACGGUCAAAGGUAUCUUGCUCCCACCAGCCCAGUGCUCCAUAAGGCCUGUGCCACCUAUGGUUGCAUGUUGCCCUGUUUGUGGACUUUCAGUUUGUUGGGGGGGAGUGCACAAGCAUGCAUGUAUGAAUAUGUGUGAGAGUGUUUUUCUAGAUAAGAGUUUUCUAGAUAAAAGUAACUUUGAAGCUUCUGCAGUGAGUUUUGGCCAGACCAAAGAGUGGCUCAGCCAAUAAGGAUGCACCAAUCAUUUUACUAGUCCUCUAGCCCACUCCUCAUAGGACUGAGCAUGUGCAUAGUACCCUGUUUCCUUGAAAAUAAGACAUCCCCCGAAAACCAGAAAUAAGCCCUAGCCUAUUUUCGGGGAAUGCUCGUAAUAUAAACCCUGGCCAGAAAAUAAGCCCUAGUCACUAGUUCGCUAAUCUAUGUUCGGGAAUUUUUCCCGAACAUAGAUUCACGGAAUUUAAUUUGCAAGUAAGCUGAUCUAUGUUCGAGAAAGUUUCCUCGAACAUAAAUUUGCAGGAUUCCAUGCCAUAGGGAACUGGUCAAUGUUUGGGGGAAUGACCCCAAACGUAGGCCUGCUUUCUAGCACAUGCUUGCUACCGAUUUUCCCCGACUUAAGACAUCCCCCAAAAAUAAGCCUUAGUGCAUUUUUCGGGGAGAAAAUUAAUAUAAGAUCCGGCCUUAUUUUUGAGGAAAAACGGUAGCAUAUUGGUAUGGGCAACUACUUGUAUAGUGUACACAUGCCACUGAAGUUCAGGCAAUAGAAAAAACAUACCUUCCUUCUGUGACUUUUCUCAAUGCUGGAUUGAUUUUUGCAAAUCACUGAAAAUAUAAGAAAAGUAUUUGCUUAAAGUCAAAGGACCUACUGGUUUCAUAACUUAUGCAAGAAUAAUAAGUUGUUAUGGCACUUGGAAUGUCCAUUUAAUAAAAUGAUCAGUAAAAUCUUUGGAAAGGACAACCCUAUAGACCUAAUACUUAUGUAUCCUGCACAUUCAUGCCUCACUUUCCUAUUACACCAACCCUGUACAUCCAUCCAAACACACAGUCGAUUAUACCCAUCUGUCCUGUUAAAUACCCUCAGCUCACCUGCCAGUCAUUUUCACCCUCCACGGCUUCUUACAUAUCACCCUCACCACCCAGUCAUGCACUCCAGGCCACCCAGAUUCCAGAUACAAUCAUCUCCAUACCACGUAACCUACCCUGUCACCCUCCCUGUCACAUGUUAAUCCCCACCCAGUCACAUUCACCACCUAAUCCAGGGAUUUGAUUCUAGGAGCCAGCUAUGAAAGUUAGAUUUUUUUUAAACUAACAAAUAAUUAUUUUCAAUGACAAAAAUAAAAUACUUAAAGGGACACUAUAGUCAGACAAAUUACUACAGCUUAAUGUGGUGGUUCUGGUGUCUACAGCCUGUCCCUGCAGGCUUUUCAAUGUAAACCCUGCCUUUCCAGAGACAGUGACAGGGAAUGUUUAAUGGGCAUGCACAUUAGGUUCCACCAUCCAUGUGGAAAAAUGGGUUUUAACCUUUUAGUCAUGGGUGUGGGGACGACGACUAAUAAGUUAGGGGCAGGGACACUAUAGUGCUAGGAAUGAAGGUUUUUAUUCUUAAAGCUGUAGUGUGCCUUUAAUUUAAUCCCUUAAGGACCAAACUUCUGGAAUAAAAGGGAAUCUUGACAUGUCACACAUGUCAUGUGUCCUUAAGGGGUUAAAGAAGUAUCACAGAAUAACUAUAAAAUAUGCUGUCAGUAACUAAAGCAGGUGCGUCGCUGGCUGGGGAUUUUAAAUACAGCGCAGCAUUUCUCUUUGGAAUACCAGUUUACUCAACAGACCAGCUAUCAGACAGAAAUCGCAUUGCUCCUGUGUGCUCAGCUGUAUACACCUGAUCACAGGCAUUGGGAGUGCACAUAAUUGUAAUGCACUGUCUGUGGGUAAAAGGAUCUGCACUGAUAAUACACUGGGCUGUGCCACAGCUACACUUGCAACAUAGAACUCUGUCAGGCAAUAUUUGUGAACCAAAUUUACCUAGCUAUUUGUUUACUAAAUUCCCUGAACAUCACCGGAACAUUAGUCUGCAAUCAUCUCCAUUCCCCAGGUUAGUCAAUUAAAGCUAAACAUUUUUACAGUGUUAAAUGUUAGGAAAAUAAAUAGAUAGAAACUAUUUUACCAAAACACUUAACAUUUAAUUUUGCCACAUAUCAAUUUUGAAACAGUGCUAUGUUUAUACAGCUGCAUAAUUUGAAAUAUGUUAUUGUUGCCAUUAUAUUUAUUAUCUUUGCAUUCAAUAAAAAUUCUGAAUUAUCCCUGUUGUGCCACUUAGACAGUGAUGACCAGGGCAGGAUAUCCCAUUAGGCAGAAUAGACAUGUGCCGACAGGUGCCAGUCUUGUAAAAGGUGCCAUUUACAGCACGUAUAAUGUUCCUUUCUGGAGCUGGUGGGGGAAUAUAAGUACCAGGAGCCUUGACAGUGUCCUCUGUAGUCCAGUUUGCCUCCUGUUCUUGAUAGCAUAGCUGCAGGAACAGUACUAGAUGGUGUAAAACAUGUCCCAGCUCCUCCAGUGUCUGUAUGUGAGGCUGCACAAGACGUAGAAGCCACUGCCCACUAGCAGCCACUCACACAGGAAAUGCCUUGCAGGAGAAAUAGGAAGAGAGCUGCAUGAGAGAUUCCCACUGUGUAUCAGCUCCUGAAGUUCUACUACCAGUCAUAGAAAGGUGAGCACCUUGUAAAUAACUCUUCAAACUCUACAUACAUGUACUCCUAAAUUUAAGCACCCAAAGCUUAAACCUGAAACAAAACCUUUUACUUUAAUUCUAGGUUCCAUUCCUCUUAUAGUGGCCCUGUGCUCCCAACCCCCAUUCCAAAAUGAGUAUUUCUUAUAGAUAAAUAUUUUUAUGAAACACUUACAAUGACUGUGUUGGAAUUUCACCGAACUUCCAACACAGUCAAAACAUAUACGAAAACAAAGUAGGGACUUAGUACAUUUCUUAUGAUUGACAUAAAGGCAUAACUACUUCCGCUAUAUUUUGUGAUUCCCCCAACCAUCAUUAGUGACGACUGCAGGGAAAAAGACAUUGUCUAUGCAUUAGAGAAAAACACUGUGUGCUCCUGGCAGAUAAAGGGUCAGUUAUGAAGAGGACGGACAGGAAGACCAUGGUGGCAGCCACAAGGGACCAGUUCAGGUAAGUAAAACUCACCUUUCCCUGCACCCUGUGGCCACCUAAUUGAUGCACGUGCAGAGUGAAAACCAACCCAUCUUGUCCAAUCACACAGAACAGCUACUGUAGCUCAAAUUCUUAAAAAAUUUACUGUUGGCAUUGUUAGAAAGGUUUCAGAACACACAAUGCAUCAAAGUUUGCUGUGUAUGGGGCUGCAUAGCCACAGAUCGGUCAGAGAAUCCAUAAUGAACCCUGUCCAUUGUCAAAAGAGCCUUCAAUGAGGAUGUGAGCCUCAGAACUGGACCAUGAAGCAAUGGACGAAGGUUGUCUGGUCUGAAAAAUAUUUUUUUUUUUAAAGAUCAGAUGGCUGGUUGGGUGCCUGUGCGUUUGUUUACCUAGGGAAGAGAUGGCAACAGGAUGCACAAUGGAAAAAAGGCAGGCAAGUGGAGACAGUGUUAUGCUCUGGGCAAUGUUCUGCUACGAAACCUUGGGUCCUUGCAUUCAUGUGGAUGUUACUUUGACACGUACCACCUACCGAGAGAUACUUGUAAACCACGUACACCCCUUCAUGGUAUUGGUGUUCCCUGAUGGCAGUGACCUCCUUCAGCAGGAUAAUGCACCCUGCCACACUGCAAAAAUUGUUCAGGAAUGGUUUGAUGGAAUAUGACAAAGAGUUCAAAUUCUCAAGACAUAUUUAGAGGUCUUGUAGAGUCCAUGAGUCCAUGUCUUGAUGCAUCAGAGCUGUUUUGGCAGCAUGAGGUGGACCUACACGAUAUUAGGGAGGUGAUUUUAAUGUUGUGGCUGAUCAGUGUAUGUAAUCUAACUGAUAUUAAAGAAACACUAUUGAAAAUUAGGAAUAUAAAUGUGUAUUCCUAAGGCUAUAGUGCCCUAGUCACCAUUUAGGUGACCGGGCCCUCCUACCAGGGUUAAAAAGGUGAUUUUACUUACCCUUUCUUCCUCACAGCGCAGGUCUCUGGCAUAUAUAUAUAAUAUCAAAUAAUACUAGCCAUUACCAUCCUACCUCCAGCCAAAUGACACCGGGUGCCUAGCCACACUUUAAACAGUAGGAAAAUAGAAAAACUUGCUGGCACUCCUGGAUUUUCAGUCAGGAAAUUUUAUUGUGACAAAGGUCGACGUUUCUGUUCCCAAUAGGAACUUUCCUGAUGAAAAUCCAGGAGUGCCGGCAAGUUUUUCUAUUUUCCUACUAUAUAUAUAUGUGUUUGUCAGAACUGAAUAUAUGUUGUUUAAUUUUAAUGCCUGCGAUGUCCAGUUAAUAAAUUAAUUAAACUCACUUUAUCUGCCUUUAUGGAGGGUGGGGGAGGUGCCUAAGAAUGAUGUGGCUACAAGCACCUGGCAUAAAAAUCCUGAUCUGGUGAUGACUGUAAAAUCACUGAUUAGCCGGAACAGGUGUGGCAGGGAAGAGAUAAGGACAGAAGAAGGGUCAACAAAAAGUUUUUUGUCUGGUACAAUAAUGUUUACAUUUGUUAAUAUAGUUUGCUGUUUCCCCACCACUAUGAGCACCAGCUUUCUUGCAAAUAAAGUGAUAUCAAAUAGUUGGUUUCAAAAUAUCUCUUAAAUCUCUUCUUUUACAGUGGCAGUCCUUCUUUAAACAGACAGAUUUAUUCAUUAAAGUGAGAAUUCAAGGUGAAUUCAAUGUUAUUUUAAAUUUAAGGUCAUAAUAGCCAAAAAAGGAGGAAAUCUCCAUCAGCUCUGCUUUUAGUUUGACUGCUCUGGCGUCAAAACUUGACAUUUCCUUAGAAUUCACUUUGAGAUUUCACUGUGGUACAUAAUCCUGACAGUUUCCCCCCUCCCAGUUUUAGUACCUGUUCUGUCUAUUUAGUCCAUCACAGAGAUCCAUAGCAAUAUUUUGAAAUUUUUUAUUUAUUUAUUUAUAGAUUAUGUUUUAAGUAAUCAGGUGGGGGUGGGGGAUGAUACAGAAUGAGAGAAGGGGGGUUAGAGGUCCAAGUGUUUGGUGGUUUACAUAAGUGAAGCAGAUACAUAUACAGCAUUAACAUGAAGUUGGUUCGUUACAUAGCGGUUGUGGACGUGUUUGGGCCUUAUGUGUCACCGGGUCGGUUGGGUCGAUCCAUAGCAAUAUUACUGACUGUGCUUAUUAUUAACAUGUAUAUAGCGCCAAAAUAAUCUGCAGUCCUUUACAAUUAUAGAAAGGUGAUAUUUGAGUGUGGAGGAGGCCAUGCUCAAAUGAGCUUACAAUCUGUGAGGAUAUGAGGUAGGUGGAUAAAAAUCAAUAGGUUUCUUUCCCAAGAAAACUUAUGGUAAGGUGGUCUCACCGGUGAUCCAAACAUUUGUGUUACCACUGCUCUAACCAGCUGAAAUCAGGACUGUCGCUAUAUUGAAGUGUGAGGGAGUGGGGAGACCCUGCUGGCCAAUGCAGAGUGAUACCUUUAUGGGCUUGUGGUGAGAUCAAAGAUCUCUCUUAACGUCCCAGAGAACCUAAUGUAGGGAGGAAAGGGGAGGACCCCAGAGAGCUUCUGGUUUGCACCUUCUGUUGGUUGCAGACCUGGUGUAUGGCUCCCGUGAGCUCCGGGCCAUUCGCAGCAGCAAUGCUUUGUUAUUAAGUCAGGAGCUUGCAAUACACAUAUACCAGGUCUACACUCAGAACUACACUUUGGACUACCAUUGAUCGUAAUGUCCCCUUCCCUGCACGAAGGUAACAAGGUGAGGGAGGGGAGAGUUAAGUAUUAAUUAUUUUUUUAUAAUUAAAAAUUAAAUAUUUCAUUUGUGACAUGUUUUGUGUAUAAUAAAAAAUUUUAAUCUCCAUCUCACUCCACCCACAUACAUUACAGCCCAUAUCUCAUAUUAUAUAAAAUAUGCACACACAAUGCAUCCCUCAUACACACUCUAUAUUCCAUACACAAACACUGCAUAAUCAGCAAAAACACACUACAUUCCAUACACACACAAUGCAGUCACUAUAAACACACCACAUCCCAUACACACAAUGCAGUCACUAUAAACACACUACAGCCCAUACACACAAACACACUCUCUUUAUAGCUUCUAGGCACACAUACUACAACAAACACAAAACAAAUAGAGCUAUUUACACACACACACUACAUCACAAACAGACCGCUCCCCCAUACACACACAAACAGAAUCCCACAGACAGCCUCUUAAUGCAUUCAUUAUACAAUUUCCUGCCCCUGUCCCACUUUGUCCCCUGGUAUCCCACUUAUGGAGACACCAUUUUAUUUUAUUUUAUUUUUAUUUUGUUGAGGAGUUGUGAUACACUCAUGGUCAUUGCACAUUAUUGGGAGUUUUCUUGCUGAGAAGGUCAAGAUUUAUACCAUAACUGUACUCCACAACAAAACAAAAUCUCAAAAAGCUGUGUAAAUAAGGAAAAGCUAGGGCUCCAAAGCAAUACAGUAUAUUAUGGCGUUAAUGAGUAAAUGGGUAUCAAGAAACUUCAAAGCAAUCAUUAUAUGUGGUGCUACUGUAUAAAUUUACUAUAUGCAAUGUUUGUGUGUGUGUGGGGGGGGGGAUGCAGAUUUUGACUGUGUUGCCUAAAAUCCUUGCUCCAGCUCUGGGGACAAUUCAGAUAUCAUGACAGUUUAUGCUCUUUGCGGACGUUAUAACACAAGGAGAUCCCCUCUAUCUGCACAGAUUUGUUCUAUAUUAUGCAAAUAUUGAAGUAGUUAUCAGCCCACCCCCUCAAGGACCGAUGUCACAUGAUGAUUCUAUGCUUCCUUAUCUAUUAAUCCAAGUAAUUGCAUGCUAGACCACACCUCCCGAUUGACUUCUUCACUGUAUACUGAACUGUAACUGGAAAUUGUAAAAAAGUUUAUAACAGUGCCUGAUAUCUGGAACUCCUGUACUGAAUUACGUGUCCUGUAAAUGGAAUAUGUUUAUUUCCCUUUAAAAUAAAGAAUGGGCAGAAAUAUCUAAUCCAAUGCAUUAAAAAAAAAAAAAAACCAAUUGUAUUUAUUAGAGUUUUAAAUCCAAUCUGUGUCAUAUUGUGGGAAAAGAUACGUUACAACAACAUCACAUGGUAUCAGAGAACAUUUCGCACGACUAUUGGUAUGUAACUGUAUAAGAGGAAGAAAGUAACAAUAAGAAAGCAUAGUAUUCAUAGAGCGACUGUUAGACAUGUGUAGCUGUCAUCCUAGGGGAGUAGGACUUAUUAAACCGGGCUUGAGCAUGGUAAUAUGCCGGCUGGGAUAAAUAAUUCUACAGGAAAACCGUACACAACUGAACGUAAAGCAAGAACUUUACCAAGUGAUUAAACCAAACAGGCUUGGGGUAUUUACUGGGGCCGCUGUUGAGGUGAACAUUUGCAGUAAGACCAUUUACUGCCUUUGCUAUCUUAGUUGGUAGCAUAUAUUAUGGUUUAGAUUGCAGUCUGCGGACAGUAGUCCCAGAGUGAGCAGCCCGGGGCCAUGAGCUGCCCUCCUUAGAGCUAUCGAUUGACCCUGUCUCUGCUGGCGUGGGCCCAAUAGUCUUGGGUGGUACCGUCGUUAACCCAAGCCUCCGAAGGAAGGGUUUUGGGUCUUCAGAAGAGUUCAAGGUGAGCAGCGCUUCCCGCUUGGGGACUAUGAGAGAAUCCUCCAUGCCCUAGCGAUAUCUGAUGGACUGGACUCUCAGCCUCUUUGCAAUGGGGGCCAGCAGUCAUCUCUCUGUUAGGACCAUGAACGGGAAGUCUCCAUACAGUGCCACCAAGCAGCCUUCAAAUAUUACCAUCCCCAAGGCUCUGGAUCUGGACAGAAUAUCAGAUCGGGCUGCAGUGUCUUUAAUGACUAUGAUAGUGUCUCUGCCUUGCAGACCCUGAAUGCUAAAAUUAUCGGUGAGAGAUCCGAGCUUCUCUUAAGGGCCCAUUGAGGAAACUAGCUGCUGGGUGAAGUGCAGCAGCUCUUCCCCUCUGACUCGUUCAGGGAAACCCUCGCAGGCGAAUAUUCCUCUUUCCGCGCCUUGCUUCUAGCACUGCCACUGCUCUGUUCAGCUGUUUGACCUGGUUGGUAAGACUUUACACUUGAGUCUGUGUGUUCUGUAUCUGGCUGUCUCUUGCCUUUAUCUCGCUGGUGUCCAGUCUCCCAUGGAUGAUCUUUAUCUCGGCUUGGACUUUCUCAAGGUCAGAUUUCCACACCUGCCUUAGAUCCAGCAUUAACCUCUUGAUGUCUCCCUUAGUGGAGGGAGAUAAGUCCGCAUCUGACUCGGACUCUUUAUACACUCCCUCUGCUUCAUUUGAUGUUUGAGAUCCCUCAUCCUCGUGUGUUUCUUCUGAGGCCUCAGUCUCCCUUUGCGCCUCCUGCUCCAUCUUGGAGAGUACACGCUCCACAUGUCUCUUGAAAGAAAGCCUGAUAUCAGGUAAACCGAAACUGUCUGGAUGGCGAGAUUUUUUGUGUUUGCGCCCCAUACAGUAACUUGCAGUUUAGGUCGGAGCUGCAUCGGAGCUCCGGGGAAACACGUCUGGUGCCGUUCACUGGUAGCCACGACCCUCUAAUCCAAACAAAUCAGGGAAUAAGACUCCACAGGUAAAUCCUAAAUCAAUCGAUUUAAUUGGAUGUGGAUUAAAAAGCAUUUGAUUUACUCUUCCUAGCUGAAAAGCGUUUAUCAAUAUAACGCAUUAAAAUAUGGGGUUACCGGGGGGGCAGAGCUUAGCAACAGAGCUGAACAGUCGCAUGGCACAUGAGCUCCUGCAAUUUCAGGCCCAAAUCUACCCAUUUGGCAUCACCUAAACAUUAAUUUCCUUACUUUCGGGGGUUGUUGGUGACAAGAAAGCAAGAUGGGUCACAAAACAAAGAAGACCAGACUAGACAAACCGAGACAGGGACCAAACAUUGCUGAACUCCUGAGGCAGACACAAGGGGCAUCUGGGCCCAAGAUGGCCACCUACCCAGAGACCUAUUCCAAGCUAUCGGAUGAUUUCUCCUCGGGGGAAGAGGCAGCUGACUUACCUCCCAUGCAAACACCAGUGCCGGUCGCCCAGAGAGCCGAUGCAGUUGCUUCUUGCAGACCUCCAGAAGACCCUCCAGUCAGACGUUGCCUCGCUCCGAGCUGACAUUCAUGGCCUAACAGGACGAAUCGAAGACCUGGAGUCUGCUACCAACGGCCACACUGACCAAAUAUCAGCACUGCAGCAAGUACAGCGACUCCAGCAACAAAAGGAGGUAUAUGAGUGCCGGUUUGCGGCACUCGAGGACGCACAACGGGCCAACCAUUUGAAAGUCUGGGGCAUCCCAGAGGACAGUACAUUUACUGCAACACUUAUUAGUGGCCCUGCUUCCACCACGGCAGGCUAAGGCGGUUCACCUGGACGACUUUUGCGGGGCCCCGAAACCGGCUAAAGCACCAACCCCGGUACCUCGAGAUCUCAUCCUGCGGUUCCAGCAACAUAAAGAAAAAGCUGCAGUCGUGGCAGCGACCAGGGACUGCUCACCUUAUAAAUUUGAAGCGAUGGAACUAUCAUUCUAUGCAGACCUCACUGGGGGCACACUUGCCUGGCGGAGAUCGAUCAAGCCAUUCACUACACUACUGCGACAACAUGGCAUACAAUAUAAAUGGCAAAUGACCUGCACUCUGUUGAUCCAGCAUGGAAAAUUCAAGCAAACAGUAGCUUUGUUACCCACCCUGGGACUGCUGAAGGACUCUCUGCACACCACUAUCACCUGGGGAGCCGCCAAUCUGACUUAUCAAUGGAACCCAGAUAGGGUGACCCCCUUCGUCCUACGUGGAUCCAAACGAGAUCAGACUGUGGCCACACAUGCAGCCAUGUAGCAACACACCAGUGACACUAUGCUAAUUAAAAUGUUAUGUAGUUCUAGAUGUUAGUUUAACUAGUUCUGAAAAAGUGUGCCUUAUGUACCCAACUGAACGGAUGGUCCAUCGACCAAAUACUUUCUCCCCCCCGCCUGACCCAAUUCUACCAGGGCCCUCGCAACCCAUACUGGCGUAGCCAGGCGUGAUACUUAAUAGCACGAUGUACGCCUCUUUGAGGAAGUAGCCACUCGAAAUUUAUAUAUACAAAAGUACUGCCCGGGAUGUACCACACACAUUAAUUGUACCAAUGUAUAGGCUAUAGACAUGUGCAAUUUGUUUCGGUCCGAAUUAAAAUUUGUCCGAAUCUCGGGUAAUUCGGACAUUCGGGUGCUUCCGAAUGUCCGAAUAGCUGAAUUGCUGAAGUGCUGAAGUCCCAAAGUGCAGAAAUUACUGAAUUUCCGAAGUGUAGUAGUGCCGAAGUGCCGAAGUUCCGAGGUGUCAAAGUGCCAAAGUUCCGAAGCACAGUAUUGCCUAAGUACUAAUAUACUUACCGAGUGAAAGAAGAAGAAUGUUACACUGUAUACAAUUUCAAAUAAAAAGUAUACAAACAUAGCCAGGAUUCAGCUGUAAGCAUUUGUAAGCAUUUGGAACACUUACAACAAUCAAGUAACAUACAUUCAUAUAAAAUGUAAGUUACUUAGCCAGUCAUGUAAUGACAGGAAUGAAUAAGUAGAUAACUCCCUAAUCCACGGUAUUAGGGAGUUAUCUACUAAAAGGGUGAAAGACCUAAAUUGGUCUUUCAGCCAAAUUUACUAAUACUAAGUAAAGAUUACUUAGUAUUAGUAAAUGAUGUCCCUACUCGCUAUACCGCGAGUAGGGGCAUUAAAAAAAAAGGUCCCCCCUUCUGAGCGUCAGGUGGGGGCCCUAAAGUAAAAAAAGGGGGGAGGACCUAUUGUCCUCCCCACCGGCCCCCACCCCUGAGCGGUGGGGGCCCUAAAUACAAAUUGGGGGACACACCUAAUGUCCUCUCCCCUGGCCCCCACCCCUCAGCGGUGGAUGGGGGCCCUAAACAAGAAUAAGGGUGGGGGACCUAAUGUCCUCCCCCCUGGCCCACUCCCUUGAGCGGUGGGUGGGGGCCCUAAAAACAAAUUGGGGGGGACCUAAUGUCCUCCCCCCUGGCCCCCACCCUUGAGUGGUGGGUGGGGGCCCUAAACAAGAAUAAGGGGGGGACCUAAAGUCCUCCUCCCUUGCCCCCACCCCUGAGCGGUGGAUGGGGGCCCUAAAUACAAAUUGGGGGGGAGGACCUAAUGUCCUCCCCCUGGCUUCCACCCCUGAGCGGUGGGUAGGGGCCCUAAACUAGAAUAAGGGGGGGACCUAAUGUCCUUCCCCCCCUGGCCCCCACCCCUGAGCGGUGGGUGGGGGCCCUAAAUACAGAUUGGGGGGGCACCUAACUAGAAUUGGGGGGGCUCGGUCGGGGCCCUAACCUAGAAUAAGGGGGGAGACCUAAUGUCCUCCCCCCUGACCCCCACCCCUGGGCGGUGGGUGGGGGCCCUAAAUACAGAUGGGGAGCCACCUAACUAGAAUGGGGGGGGCUCGGUCGGGGCCCUAACCUAGAAUAAGGGGGGACCUAAUGUCCUCCCCCCCGGCCCCCACCCCUGAGCGGUGGGUGAGGGCCCUAAACAAAAAUAAGGGGGGGACACCUAAUGUCCUCCCCCCUGGCCCCACCACCUGAGCGGUGGGUGGGGGCCCUAAACAAAAAUAAGGGGGGGACCUAAUGUCCUCCCCCCGGGCCCCCAACCCUGAGCGGUGGGUGGGGGCCCUAAACUAGAAUAAGGGGGGGGACCUAAUGUCCUCCCCCCUGGCCCCCACCCCUGAUCGGCGGGUGGGGGCCCUAAAUACAAAUUCCAGCUACUGCUUAAUCCUCUAUCACUCAAAAAAAACCACAAAAUGUGCAAUGUAUUAGAAGCCAUACCACUGUUAACAAAUGUUUAUUGUUCUGCUAGCACCAGCUGUUGUGGCUGUGCGAAUCUGUCUGUUACCUUAAGCACGACCUAUAAAAAGAAUAAAAAAAAAAAAAUGGGGUUACCGCCAGUAUGUAAUGUUCAUUUGGGAUAUAUAUGUUUAAAUUGUGACAUUUAAUGAUAAUUUACCAAUAACAUGCAGAAUAAGGAAUCUCACAAGUGGAGCGUCCUGGGAAAAUGUGUUCAUUGUGCAGAUGUGGGAGGGUAUUGCUCAAAUGAGAGAAGGCAUCCGGGUACAAUGUAGUCAGUGCAGUAAUCUGUUCUAUUUAAUCAUUAGCUCAGUCUGCUAAUGAUUCGGAAACAUACAUAGACUGUGAAUGCAGAUUGUAACAAUUGACCCUGCUAGUCUGUCUAUAAAGGAGCACUGUAGCUUUAGCAAUACAAACCUUUUUUCCUAAUGUUAUAGUGCCCUAGUUGAGGUUUAGUGUCAGGUAUCCCCCUGUAUGCCGAGCCUGUCCCUAUUUGUAAAAGUGCAGAUUUUAAAGGAAAUUGUCACUCUUUUCAAAUGAUAAGGGACAGUUUGAAAACAUCCCUUUUCAGUCAAGCUCACAGCUAAAAGGGCUUCCUAACUGACUGUGGUUGAACAAACAUUUAAGUGGAAGUAAUGUUUUUCUGUAGGGAAGCAUUUGGCAAUGCUUCUUUAUGUGAGUUUUCCCAUUUUUUAUUGGCAUAUUUGUGGUGUUUGCCAACUUUUGCCAGACAGGAGUUUACCAGUGGAGCGCACUUGCUGUUAGAUAGAAAGUUGAGUAAUAAUUAUUUUUUAAUUAAGUGGGGUUGGUUGCCUGGCACAAUCCUGAUUAAAGGAACACUCAAAAUCUGUUUUAAUGUUUGAGUGUUCAGUUAAGUUGAAACUGUUUAUUGGCUUCUACAUUACCUCUCAUUAUAGGUUUACAUUGCUAAGAUUAUAUCUUCUCACUUUGCAUUAUAGGGAGGACCCAUGGCACGUGGCCAAGCUGGUAAAAUCAUACCUUCAGCAACACAACAUUCCACAAAGAGAAGUGGUGGACACCACAGGGCUCAACCAGUCACACCUUUCCCAGCACCUCAACAAGGGUACACCCAUGAAGACACAAAAGCGGGCAGCUCUGUACACUUGGUAUGUGGGCAAGCAGCGAGAGAUUGCCAAACGUAAGUAUGGUUUCACUUCACAAGCUGUAGAGGCCAGGACAGGCUCACCAGUUACAUUAUGUGGUGAUGCCACCCAUUCUUCUGGGGUCAUUGUGAAUGCCGCACAUUGGCUUCUCCAGAUCUCUUAUCCUUAAUCUAAGGUGUGCCAUGCAAACUAUGGCCAUGUCAUGCAUAUGCCAGCACACCCGCACCUUCUGAGCACACAGUAAUGUGGUUUCUAGCAGGCUCACAUCUCAUUUGUCUUGUCUCUGUUUGGUAUGGACCCUGCCCUACAUUACAUAGCUGAAGUGAGACAUGCGUUCAUCAGCUUCAGCCUUUCUAGCCCUAUUCUCUUGUUGCUCUGAUUUCUCCACUCCUUAACUUCAACUUCUUUUUUACGUAUUCUUCUGUUUGUAGUUGGUGUUGUUUCUUCUUUCUUUCGGCUCCAUGUUACGCUGCACCAUUUUAAGGGCUGGUAAUUUGUACUAUCCUGCUUUUCCUCCUAUCAGGAAUUUCUUAGGAUUCAAGUUCCGCAUGCUGGGUACUUUAGAUUACUGUGACAUAUGGCCAAAUAAAGCUGUGGAUCUAAAAUGGGUAGAAGACAGCUAGUAUGCUGCUAUAAAAAUAUCUGAUGUCCAGAUUAGUAAAUUGUCAACUAUAAUCUAGUUUAGUAUACAAGUCUAUUGUUAUGCACCAGCUGUUAAAAUAUGAAUUAACAAAAAUAAAAUACACUGAACAAAAUUAUAAACGCAACACUUUUGUUUUUGCCCCCAUUUUUCAUGAGCCGUACUCAAAGAUCUAAGACUUUUUCAAUGUACACAAAAGACCUAUUUCUCUCAAAUAUUGUUCACACAUCCAUCUAAAUCUGUGUUAGUGAGCACUUCUCCUUUGCCGAGAUAAUCCAUCCACCUCACAGGUGUAGCAUAUCAAGAUGCUGAUUAGACCGCAUGAUUAUUGCAAAGGUGUGCCUUAGGCUGGCCACAAGCAGGGACCCACCGAAGGGCAGUGUUGUGGUCGGCGGCCCGCCGCGUGGCACGGCCGUGCCCGACCGACACAGCCUCACCGACAGCACGAGCUUACCUGCUCGUCGGCGAGCCGGCAACCGCACCCCAGGUCUUCUGGGCGUCUCGCCCAAAUUAAAGAUGGCGCUGACCGCGUGGUCGCAUCCACCUCUAGCUCCGCCCCCAAAAAUUAUAAUACCGUGCGCGUGACGUCACAACGUCAACACACACGCACGUUUUGGGGUCAGAUGUCAUUUAAAUCCCUAGCUCUCCCCAGUACCUUGCCCUGUCGUGGUUUCCUGUUCCUGGUUUCCUGAGAGUGCUUUAUCUUUGUGAAUCUGAUUUCCUGGUAUCCUGAUCUUGGCUUUUCCCUGGUUAUUCUGAAUUCUGGUUUCCCUGACUUGGCUUGUGUAAACUGUAUUGUGUAUUUUCUGGCUUCCUUGACCUUGGCUUUCCCUUUGACCAUUCUCUGUCUCUAGCGUAUUAGUCCGGCCAUUCUAAGGUCCGGUUUACACUCUGUCCUUUUAUUUUCCUUUUCCUUCUUCUGUAUAUGUUUAGAUAGUUUCUGCGUGCUGGACCACACUAGGAGUCGUGACAUUACGACAGGGCCAUGGAUCCUGCGGAACUAUGCAAACAUAUGAUUGCCUGUGAGAAUAGGGUGGAGGAUAUGGACCACAGGUUAGAUCAAUUUGCCCAGGCAUUUCAGACCUUGCUACAGAGAACUGCUUAUUUGGAGGCACCUCCUGUACCACCUGUGAUUCCGCCACCUGUAGUGGCUCCUGUGGCACAUAAACCACCAUCUAUAACCCUUUCACCUCCCCCUCGUUUUGGAGGUGAUUCUAAAGAAUUUAGAGUUUGUUUUUUUUAAACCAAAUUGAAUACCAAUUCGAAGCUUCCCCCGGUUCAUUUCCUACAGAUAGAUCAAAAAUUGGCUAUCUAAUGAACCAAUUAACAAGGAAAGACUUUAAUCUGGGCUAACCCCUUAUGGGAAAGUGGAAACUCCGUAGCCCGUGAUUACAGUGUCUUCCUAAGAGCAUUUAAGGCUACUUUUGAGCCUAAAUUAAGAGAAAAGAAUGCUGCCAAAACCCUAAUGAGAAUUAAGCAAGGCAGUCGCUCUGUAGCUGAUUACGCCAUAGAGUUCAGAACAUUGGCAUCUGAGGUUGACUGGACCAAUAGUGGUUUGGUGGCUGCUUUCUCAGAAGGUUUAGCUGAUAAUAUACAGAAUGAGACCGCAGCUAGAGACCUUCCGGUCAACCUUAAUGACUUUAUUGCUUAUAUGAUAGAUAUUGAUAACAGGCUCAGAGAAAGAGAGUAAAACAAACAACGUAAUAGACGUCCUAACUUGUCCAUAGCCCCUCGUUUCUCUAACCCAGUGGUGAUUAGCCAAGCUCCACCUCCAGAAUCUGAACCCAUGCAAUUGGGCAUUACUAGACUCACUGAGGCAGAGAGACAACACAGACGCAAUGAGGGGUUGUGUAUGUAUUGCGACAAAAAGGGACAUCAAAGAUUUUCAUGUCCAGUCCGGCCGGAAAACUUGCACACCUAAGGCACGUUCGGGGACCGACCUUAGGUGUGAUGUAUAUGUCCCCUAAAUUGACUAAGAACUGUUUCCUUAUAAGCGUUACCAUGUCUUAUAAGAAAACCGCUGUACAGUGUGAGGCUAUUAUUGACUCUGGGGCAGCGGAGAAUUUUCUAAACAAAGAAUUCUCUGCAAAGUUUCUCCUGCCCUUAAGACAGAAAGAGAGACCUAUAGCAGUAGAGGCUAUCGAUGUGAGGCCCCUUACCCAGCCUCUCAUCACACACGAAACACUGCCGAUCACUGUCUCAGUGGGUAUUCUACACUCUGAAGAGAUGGUUUUUCAACUCAUAUCUUCACCUACGUAUCCGAUAAUACUCGGUUUCCCUUGGCUCCAGAAACACAAUCCACGUUUAGAUUGGGUUGAAGGAGAGAUUGUGAGUUGGGGUGAGAGAUGCAGAGGUGUUUGCUUAAAUCAGGUGCCACAACCAAUUGGUACCAUCAAUAUUCCCAUUGCCCCUCCCCUAACCACAGAAAUCCCACCGCAGUAUCUGGAUUUAAAGGAGGUGUUCAUCAAGGCCCAGUCAGAGGGGUUACCACCACAUAGACCCUAUGACUGUGCUAUAAAUUUAUUACCAGGUACUAUGCCUCCCAAAGGAGGAGUAUAUGCUCUAUCCCCCCAAGAAAACCUUUGUUUAGAGGAAUAUAUAAAGGAUGCUCUCAGAAAGGGUCAUAUCCGUAUAUCCUCCUCACCUGCUGGGGCUGGGUUCUUCUUCGUUUCUAAAAAAGAAGGACACCUACGUCCUUGUAUAGACUAUAGGGGUUUGAAUAGAAUUACGAUAAACGCCUAUCCCAUUCCCCUUAUUUCUGAGUUAUUCGACAGGUUGAAAGGAGCUCGAGUCUUCACUAAGCUCAAUCUCAGAAGUGCGUACAACCUAGUCAGGAUUAAGGACGGUCAUGAGUGGAAAACCGCGUUUAAUACUAGAAUGGGACAUUACGAAUACCUGGUUAUGCCGUUUGGAUUAUGCAACGCUCCAGCGGUAUUCCAGGAUUUUAUCAACAAUGUCCUUAGAGAGUACCUCCACAUGUUCGUUUUAGUGUAUCUAGACGACAUUCUCAUCUAUUCCCCAGACCUAGAGACACAUCACGAACAUGUGAGAACAGUACUCAAAACCCUGUUAAAGAACGGUCUCUACUGUAAGCUGGAGAAAUGCCAAUUUGACCAAACGGAGAUACAAUUUCUCGGAUAUGUUAUAUCUCCGUCUGGUUUCAAGAUGGACCCCCGCAAGCUGGAAGCAGUCUUACAAUGGCCAUUGCCCAAGGGCCUUAAGGCUACACAACGCUUCAUAGGUUUUGCGAAUUAUUACCGCAAAUUUAUUAAAGGUUUUUCUUCUGUAAUUUCUCCUAUUACCAACUUAACCAAAAAAGGAGCAAAUUGCAAAACAUGGCCCAAAGAAGUGAGAGAGGCAUUUGAACAAUUAAAAUCUUUAUUUUCCUUAGCACCUGUCCUGACCCAUCCCGAUCCAACCAAGCCGUUUAUUCUAGAAGUAGAUGCGUCAGAAAAAGGAGUAGGAGCCAUUCUGUUUCAGAGAGAAAGUCCUGAUGCGCCUUUACAUCCCUGUGGAUUUUUCUCUCGCAAACUCACACCUGCAGAGAGAAAUUAUGACAUUGGGAAUAGGGAACUUUUGGCCAUUGUACUUGCCCUUAAAGAAUGGAGGCAUCUCUUGGAAGGUUCCAAAGAGCCACUUCUGAUUUUUACCGAUCAUAAGAAUUUGGCUUAUAGAGAUUGUCCUCUCGUCAGGCUAGAUGGUCAUUGUUCCUCUCUCGAUUCAAUUUCGUAAUUACUUAUAGGCCUAGGACCAAGAACAUUAAGGCAGAAGCUCUGUCUAGACAAUUUGAGACAGAUGAAGCUCCUGAACAGGAGGUAUUUCUUAUCAUACCUCCAGAAUGCCUCAUUGCCACUACAGUUUCCGAAGUGUCUUCUCCACUCUUCUGUGCCAUAAUAGCAGAUCAAACUCAGGCACCUCUGGGGAAACCUCCGGAUAAACUGUAUGUUUCACCACCAUUAAGAAAAAAGGUACUUGAUUUAUUCCAUGAUAAUCUCACAGCAGGUCAUCCUGGAGUCCAUAAAACUCUCUCUGCUAUCUCCAGGAGGUUUUGGUGGCCUACACUUAGGAACGACAUCAAAGAUUACGUUGGGGCAUGUCAAAUAUGUGCCGUUUCUAAAGUCCCUCCUAGGUCACCUCCUGGACUGUUACAACCACUGCCCAUACCUAAUGCUCCAUGGACCCAUUUAGCCUUGGAUUUCAUUGUGGACCUACCCAGCUCAAACGGUUUAAUACAAUCCUUAUGGUCAUCGAUAGAUUCUCAAAAAUGGCACAUUUUAUACCUCUUAAAAGAUUACCAUCUGCUCAAGAUCUCGUACCGAUAUUCUUGAGAGAGAUCUUUCGGUUGCACGGAGUGCCCAAAAACAUAGUAUCUGACAGAGGUACCCAAUUUAUUUCUAGGUUUUGGGGUUCCUUUUGUAAACUCUAAUUUUCUUAAGCAUACCACCCUCAAACUAAUGGCGCAGCAGAAAGAGCCAAUCAGUCUUUAGAGUCCUAUUUGCGCUGUUUUAUUAAUGCCAAUCAGUCUAACUGGUAUGAGCUCUUACCCAUGGCUGAGUUCGCCAGGAAUCUUCUAAUCACAGUCCAUUUUUUGUAAACCAGGGUUAUCACCCCACGGUUUUCCCUUCUGAAUUUUCGGAUACCGAUAUUUCCUCUUUGAACACUCAUUUGGAUUCUAUUCAUGGCACUUGGAAUUCCGUUCAUUCAGCUCUAUAAAAGGCAUCAAAACGUGCGAAGGUCCAUGCUGACAAGAGACGGGGAACCAAUCCUGUCUAUCAACCGGGUGACAAGGUGUGGUUAUCCAAACGCCAUAUCAAGCUUAAAGUUCCUUCCAUGAAAUUUGCCCCUAGGUAAAUAGGUCCUUUUCGAGUCCUCCGACAUAUCAAUCCGGUGACCUAUUCCUUGGCACUCCCUUCCCAUAUGAGGAUUGCCAAUUCGUUUCAUGUAUCUUUGCUCAAGCCUCUUACUUGCAAUCGAUACACUAGAGUGUCGUCUAUUCCUCCUCCACCCUUGGUAGUGGGUGACCAGGAGGAAUACGAGGUUCGUUCUAUACUGGACUCCAAAAUUUCUGGAGGUAUCUUGUCCUAUCUUAUUGACUGGAAAGGGUAUGGUCCUGAGGAACAUUGUUGGGUCCCUGCUGACCGGGUUCAUGCGCCCCGUCUUGUCCAGUCCUUUCACGACUGCUUCCCUCUUAAGCCGGGUCCUUCCCGCCCGGUGAGCGGUCUUCGAGUGGGGGGUACUGUUGCGGUUGCUGGCACGCCACGUGGCACGGCCAUGCCCGACUGACACAGCCUGGCCAACAGCACGAGCUUACCUGCUCGUCGGCGGGCCGGCAACCGCUCCCCCAGGUCUUCCGGGCGUCGCGCCCAAAUUAAAGAUGGCGCUCACCGCGUAGUCGCGUCCAUCUCUAGCUCCGCCCCCGAAAAUUAUAAUAAUGUGCGCGUGACGUCACAACAUCAACACACGCUCACGUUUUGGGGUCAGAGGUCUCCCUCUGACCAAUCAGAGCAUAGAGAGGGAUAUUUAAAUCCCUAGCUCUCCCCAGUACCUACCCUGUCGUGGUUUCCUGUUCCUGGUUUCCUGAGAGUGCUUUAUCUUUGUGAAUCUGAUUUCCUGGUAUCCUGAUCUUGGCUUUUCCCUGGUUAUUCUGAAUUCUGGUUCCCCUGACUUGGCUUGUGUAAACGGUAUUGAGUAUUUUCUGGCUUCCUUGACCUCGGCUUUCCCUUUGACCAUUCUCUGUCUCUAGCGUAUUAGUCCGGCCAUUCUAAGGUCCGGUUUACGCUCUGUCCUUUUAUUUUCCUUUUCCUUCUUAUGUAUAUGUUUACAUAGUUUCUGCGUGCUGGACCACACUAGUAGUCGUGACAGGCAGGCUAUUUCAGUUGCUGUCCGUUCUCAGAAUACUCUUGCGACCUGUUUUUUGCUGGCCACAAUAAAUGCCCACUCUAAAAUGUGAAGUUUUACUGUAUUGGGGAGGUACCAAGGGGGUCUGAAAACCAGUCAGUAUCUGGUGUGACCACCAUUUGCCUCACGCAGUACAACACAUCUCCUUCACAUAGAGUUGAUCAGGUUGUUUAUUGUGGCCUGUGGAAUGUUGGUUCACUCCUAUUCAAUGGCUGUGCGAAGUUGCUGGAUAUUGUCAGGAACUGUAACACGCUGUUGUAUAUGCCGAUCCAGAGAUUUAGUUAAACUAGAGAUUUAGCUAAAACUAAAUUGAAAUUUGCUGCAAAAAUGAACACUGGUAAUGGUCAGUCUAUUUGAAAGUGUAGGUGAUGAUAAUUCAUUAAUUCUGCAAUUUAAUCGAUGAUCAGUCUUGUUUUCUGCACAUAAUAUCCUUUAUGUUAUAGGCCCCCGUGUUCCCCCUGUCAUGGGGGGGGCCCAAGAGGUGGCCUAAUGGCCACCUGAUGGACCACCCCCGGCUGUCACCUGUCUCGCUGCCAGACGCGGCGAGGGAGCUGUAUCCUCUCUGCUCCAUCUCACCGCGCGCCGUUUGCUGAUGCCAGGAGCCGGAAUAUGACGUAAUAUUCUGGCUCCCAGCAUCAGUAGACAGCCCUCGUGGCGAGAGGGAGCAGAGAGGACACAGCUGACAGCGAGACAGGUGCCGCCGCACUGAAGCCCCACUGGACCCCAGGGACAGGUCCACGCCAGCUCUCCAGGUAGGACAUUUUUAAAAAAAUAUGAAUAAUUUGUAUGUGUGUGAGUGUAUGAGUGUAUGUGUGUGUGUGUGUAUCUGUGAGUGUGUGGCUGUGAGUGUGCGUGUGUAUGUGUGUGUGUUUCUUUGAGUGUAUGUGUGUGUAUGAAUGUGUUCACCUGAGUGUGUGUGUGCACGCGUUUAUAUAUGCAUACGAGUGUAUUUUAUUUUAUUUUUGGGGGGGGGGUGGAACUUGGGUGAGUUCCCACACUUUAUUCCCCAGGCCAAAACUGUGAUCAGAAGGAAUAUUUAACCACAGAAUGUCUCACCAGAGGUCAGCCCUCAUUGCAGUAUAUAUGGUUAUAUGAUUAAGAUAAGAAAAUAGUUAUGUUUCAUUGGAUGUACGUUUUUGCCACUUCAAGCUAAACAUCCAGAUUUCUAAACAUAAGCUAUAGUGUUUGGAUAAAUCUGUACAAAUGUUAGACAUUCUCAUUGGAAAGUCCAGAACUGCAUGUGCUUGGUAUGCAGUGUUAACUUUGUGUCUAGGUACAGAUUUAUUCACCCUAAUAGCUAACGGAUAGACGGAUGUCAACAAUAUUGAUAUGGCUUCCACAAAUAAAUAAAUAUCACAAGCAAGUAUCUAAUACACAGCCACAAACAGGCCAUUUACAGUAGCUGGAUAGUGCUAGUUUGUAACAACAGGUUACAAUCUACAUAUGCUUUUACUCUCUUUAAAACAUAAUACGUGUAAACUGCAGAGAUUUAAUAGAUGUAUACACAAUAUAUUGGUGAUAUCCCUAACACUGUCUGUAUCUGUGCUGACAGAAUUCACACAUGCCGGGCAGGGAAUGCUCUCCGAUGACGUAUCUUGUGAUGAGGCACCGAGCAAAAAAAUGCGAAGGAACCGUUUCAAGUGGGGUCCAGCCUCUCAGCACAUCCUGUUUCAAGCAUAUGAAAGACAGAAGAAUCCAAGUAAGGAGGAGCGUGAAGCACUGGUAGAGGAAUGUAACAGGUAAUGGGGGCAAAAACUGUCCUAUCAACACAUGAAAUUUAUUCACUUAACUGUAAUUCUGAAGAAUUGACAAGGGAAUUAAAACGUUUAGGCCAAAACAGCUGUAGUGGGAAAAUCAAGUUAGAAACUUUUUCUAUCUUGACUACUUAAAGGGUUACUCCAACCACCAUGACCACUUCAGUUAUUUGAAGUGGCCAUGGUGGCAGGAGUUUGUAUGUGCGGUGUUUCUACUUGAAACCCUGCACAUACAGAGUCAUUUUUACCUUUGUUCCGGUGGCUAGUUGAUACAGAACUCCGGUUUGCCUAACGUCAAUUCUAUUUUAUGUCUGUCUUCAAUGCGUACUGUAAGCGGUCAACUGACGUAAAAAUCUUACCCUUUGCAAAGCUAGAAAUACCCUCCCCUUGUCACUUAAAUAUACUUUUUAAAAAUAAAAUAAAAAAUAACCCUAAUAUCCUCCUUCCCCUUACCGGCUCAGAGUUCACGCAUAUGAUUUGAGCUGGAAAAUGGUCCAUUCACAGGCUUCUCUAUGAAGAGCCUGCGAUUGAACAGCACGCAUGCUGGAUGAUGUCAGUAUGGGGCAUGAAAGAGCCACACUGGGCGAAGCUAGAUUAAGUAAAAUAAAAUAUUUUUUUCAUGAUUAUAAGGGCGGGGGGGGGGGGCCUACAGUAAUGCACUAAAAGGCAUUUUCAGUUAAAAAAAAGAUUUGGUAACGGUUGGAGUAAUCCUUUAAUACUCCACUAUUCUUAAUUAAGUUAAUAAAUCUUGUUUAUAGUAAAGAUAUAGCAGGGUUCUCCAGCUCUGACCUACAGCCCCCAGAAUUCUUUGACAGCAAUAGAUUGCCAGAGAGUCUUGAAUUUUGUAGUUCAGAGACAUCUGGGUGAGCAGAGUUUGAUAUGCUUGGGUUAUAGGAAUUAGAAAUAUUGGCCAUAAUGCAGAAGGUUACGGCGAAGGAAUAGCAAUUGUAGAACAAGAAAACAAAUGUUUUUCAUUAUGUGCUGGUUACAGUAAAAAAAAAAAUUUAAUCUUCAUUUCUAUUUGUUGUUUAUACCUAUUUGCCCUGAUCUCACCUUAUUUAAAGCUCACAGCAACCUUCCAUCUAUAAUUCCCUAUAAGACCCCUUUUUAGGACUCUUCUGGUAUUCAGAGUUGUCCUGGGGACCCACAAAACUGCUCUUUUUUUAGUUAGUGUAAGCACAGGGAUUAGGUCGUUAUUGUUAAGCCAUUACAAAGAUUAAAAACCAAAUUCUUGAGAUGCAAAUAUAUAUGUGAGUGUGUAUAUGCCCCACCAGAUUUAAUACUGUAAGUGAAAUGCUGCAAUAAAUGUAUACAAAUCAUUACGUCAAUCACACUCUACAAUAGAAAAGAUUCAUUACCAAAAUACCUUGCCAAUAGGGAACAUUUGUGUAAUUGUGUUCCUGGCUUUUUUUUUCUAUGAUCCAAGGGCAGAAUGCCUGCAAAGAGGUGUCUCCCCAUCUCAAGCACAGGGAUUGGGCUCCAAUCUGGUGACAGAAGUACGUGUAUAUAAUUGGUUUGCCAACAGGCGUAAAGAGGAGGCAUUUAGACACAAACUAGCAAUGGACACUUAUAAUGGGCAACAGAAUACACCACCUUCUCUCUCGAACCAUGACCUUCCACCUUCCAAGGGACAUGGUAAGUGUCACCUUUUUUCUUAGGGACCUCAUUAUUUUAAAUUUUUUUAACUGUCAUCAUAAAUCAUAUUUUUACUUCUUAUCUAACCAGGACUCCGAUACACUCAUGAAUCUUCCAACGAAAGAGGAGGCGCAUUAUUAAACAAUCAGAGUGGAAUGUCUCCCUCUGGCCUGGAGCAUAGCCACAGUUUGAUGAACAAUGACAGCAAGCUAAUCCCAUCAACAGGUGGCUCUCUUCCUCCAGUGAGCACACUGACUGCUCUGCACAGCCUAGACCAUGGACAGCACACAAUUGGCCAGACCCAAAACUUAAUUAUGGCCUCACUCCCCAGUGUAAUGACGAUUGGAACGGAAACAGCACUUGGCCCAGCAUUCAACAAUACAGGCUCCUCAACACUGGUGAUUGGUAAUGAAAAUGAAUGGGGAGGCAUAGAAAACAUGUCACAUGUCAAAUCAGCUCUUCAAAUUAGCAUAUCCAUUUGUCUGCUCUAAUAAUAUGCCUUGUAGAUGGCUUUUUGUUUUCCUGGGAAUCUUUGCUCUUAUUGCCACACUUGGAAUUUUACCAGAACUAUACCCCCUACAUCACAUCGUGAAAAAUAAAAUGUAAAUAUAGUAGAAUACUUCAAAUACAUGAAGGAUUUUUAUUAAAAUAAAAUGCAUUAACAAAAUGAAACCCAUUACAAAAUGUACUAGAAAAGUUGUUAAAUAACACAGGGAUCCCUUUUUAAACAAAAUAAAUAAUUCAGUUAGUUAAUGCACCAAUUGUAGUUCCCCAGCCCAUUAUUGGCAAGGCCAGCUCAAGCAGAAAUUCCAAGAAAUAAUGCGGUUGACUUAUGUAAUAAUAAUUACACCCAUGCAUAUUUUAAGACAAGAAUAAAUCGCAAUUUGUGGUUGUGGCCAUACAUGCAUUUCCAUAACAUAGGAAACAUGUAUGUCAUACAAAAAUCUGAUAGAGUGAUUGCGGCUAAUGUCUCAUAAUCCACACUGUAGACUCAGGCAGGACUUAAUUAAGUAAACAAGACCCAAUGUAACUGAACUGAGCAUGUGUGAUAGUCCUAGACAUACACGUCACUGAGCAAAAUAAGUAUAGUAAGAAUUGUCUGGAAUUCCAAGUUAAGUUUAUAUUUAAGGCUCAACUAGCUGAACUGGGAAACAAAUACUUCCAGUUAAGUUACUUUGGCUUUAAAGGAACAUAGGCACCACAACCACUACAGCUUAAUGUAGUGGUUCUGAUGGCUAGAGCCUGUCUCAGCAGGUUGAGCACUGCGAAUACUGCUUUUUUUGAGAAAAAAUGAAGUGUUUACAUUGCUGCCUAAAACCACCCCUAGUGGUAUUCUGGUCAUAGAGAAGCAUUGAAUAGUCAUUAUAACAAUAUAGUGUUAGCAUUACAUAUUUGCAUUCAUCACAAUAUGGUGUGUUCCUUAAGAUUUAAAAAAAAAAAAGUCCACUUAAAAUUCCAAACAAGUCUCACUUUACUGGGUUACCCUUUAAUCCCUGAAUUGGACUGGAAUUCCAUUACAGAGGAUGCUCAGAUAAAGUAAAUAUAGGAUCAACUGAACUGAGCUGUAGCUAUGGUAACAGUAACCGUAACAGAAGACAUAUGACUGUAGAAUGUGAUAAACGAGUAUAAACAGGCCAGCCUGCUCCCACAAAUCCAGUCUAACAAGUUGCACUUAGCAUGUAUCCUUCAUGGCAAAAUAUUGUUGUUCUUAAUAUAUCAUAUUCUUAUAUAAAGAAGGAAUGUACCUAGACAGUUAUCCAAAGGAAAAUUAAAAUGCACAAGUGACUUUCAUUACCUCAAAUGUUUAAGAUUUGAAUUACAAUUUUUUGAUGAGCAUAGAAAUAUGUAUGAUUCUUAUCUUCAGUCAUUAAGUAGGUUUUAUCAGUUGUCAAGUAUUCUUUUGCUCUUGAAUUUUAUCAUUUGUCCUGCACAUGUCUCUCUCCUAAAGUCAUUAACAUGGUGUGUCCAUAGUAAUGUCCAAUGAUAACCUUGUCUAUACCUAUAGUUCAGCUCUGCCACUGCUGCAUUGCUAUAGCUGCACAUUCUUCUGAUUUUACCCACUGACCACCCCCUGCUUAUAUACUUUAUGAUCCAAGCAUCUGAUGCACAGUGCUCGCUUUCUGGGUUGCUUUAGUAAAAUGUACAUUGAUCUUUAUUUCAGGUCUCACAUCACAACCUCAGAGUGUCCCAGUCAUUAACAGCGUGGGAAGCAGCUUGACAACUCUACAACCUGUCCAGUUCUCCCAGCAGCUGCACCCAUCACACCAGCAGCCAAUCGUCCAGCAAGUCCAGGGUCAUAUGGCACAGAACUCAUUUAUGGCAACAAUGGCUCAACUGCAGUCUCCACAUGGUAAGAUAAUAAAGCCCCAGAACAUAGGGUAGGGAAGGGAAGGUCAGGAAUGACUAUCUAGUGACACUGUAGGCUCUGUAACAAUUUUAUUCUCAUUGAAUUGGUUAUAGUGCCUGUAUUCUUCCGUCACCCUCUUCUCCUCCCCUGCUGGAGAUUGGCUAAGGCAGAAAUUACACUCUUCCUUCUAGCCAUAUUAAUUCAAACCUGCAAUGGGCACUUUCAGGGAAUCACAGCCUCCCAUUACUACUCAUGCUAAUGCUUCCUCAUGAGUCCAAGCAGCACUCUUGCUUAGCAUUAAUUUGCUUACUUAAUGGAAGGAUGGUACAAGGGGACUCCAGACACUAUAACCACUUCAAGGAGAUUAACAAGUUACAGUUCCUACAGUGUCCCUUUAAACUUAAAAAAAAAAAUUACAUUUGCUAUGAUGCACAGUCAGCCACAUGGGAAAUAAAGUCCACAACAUGCCUUUUGGUGUCUUUAACUGGAAUACAUCAAAGCAAAGUACAUUUAAAACAAGAUGCACGCCUCAUUUGGGAUAUUGAAUCUUGGUACGGGUAUGCCAUAUCAUAGAUAGGUCAACUCCAUAGUGUCAAGAUGACGACACUCUUGCCAAAACCCUUAUGUUACUUCCAAGCGCUGCUCAUUACAGUUCUUUACUCAGAUUUAAACCCACUGCAAAGGGGAAUCAGGCUUCCAUCUUAUUAAUUUUAUUACCUUAUGGCUAGGUGGGCCCCCGUCAAGGCUUUGAAUGCUCCAGUAGGAUAAAAUGUUGGGUUGGCCUGGGAUCUGGUCUCCUAGCCAGACUUGGCAAUAUUUUUGAUUAGGCUUCCCAACACAUCUAGAACCUUGCUUUAAUUGUGCUGCCCUGCAGUCUCGCACGGCAUAGCAAAAGGGUGGCCAGCUGACAUUCCCUAAACAUAUGCCAUCUUGUAUGUGUCCUGCUCCAUGUAAUACCUCAUUCCUCCCAGGUUUAAAGGCUUUCAACUUUAAGGGUCUGGAGGAAGUGAAAAUUCAGAGCUAUCAAGACCUAUAUGAACAAGGUACUGUUGAAUUUUUGACUCUCACAUGGAAAAGGAAAUACAAGUCAAAACAAUGCCCUGGUUGUAUCCCAGGGUAAGUAAUCAAAUAGUUUGAGAUUGGUUUGACAACUUUACUGAGAACUAGUAGUCACUUAUUUAUGUGCCCCUAGAAGCUCUCUGGUCUGAGUUAGACUGGCAGUGCAAGGCUUAGCUCAUUGUCUGAGAGUACUCAGUCGAUGCUCUCAACCAAUGAGUUGGCCCUGCAGUGCUUAGCUUAGGGGAGCUAAUCACUUCUUGCAUUUUUCAUUUAAUAGUUGAGAAGAUGUGUGCCUGGUAGGGCUGGCAUGUAACUGUCUUUCUGUCUCUUUUCUCAAGCACUCUAUGGCCACAAACCUGAUGUUGCCCAAUAUGCUUCAGCUGGCUUCUUCCCACAGACUAUGGUAAUUACAGAUACCUCAAAUUUGGGAACACUUACUAGCUUGACACCCACCAAACAGGUAAAUUUAAAAUGGGUUUGCCGUAAAUUUAAAAUGGGUUUGAUAAUGCCCUCAGAUUCUGCAGCACUGUGGCUAUAUAAAACACACAUACAUGAUCUAUCCAGAAAGUAUCCAGCCAUUGUUAAUAUGAUGAGAAUGGUUUGUGCUACAUCGAUGUAACCUGGCAGCCAAGGAGAGUGGAGUGGAAUGCGCAUGCGUGAACAAUAACGACUUCACUGUACUAGUUAGUGGGGGCGCUUGACACCAUUGAGUGAGCAUGCGUACUGUGUGGCCAUUUUGUCUUAAGUUUGCGUAUUCCUCCACGGAAAUCAUUUGGAUGAUUCAGAAGGCUUUCAGGGACAAUGCAUUGAGUGCAGCACAAAUAAAAGUGUGUCACAAACACGUCAAAGAUGGUCGAGAAUCUGUUGAAUUAUUUGGCGCCGUGAGAAUUCUGGCUUUUUCAAAAACUAAACAUCAUCCUUGAAAGGGAAGAGAUUUUAGCUCGUUGAUGAGAUCAGGUAAAUACCAUGAAGACGCUGAUGGCGAUUCCAACAAAGGAUUUUGCAGAGUGUUUUGAACAGUGGAAGAGACGCUGGGAGAAUUGUGUGAGGUCCCAAGGUGCCUACUUUGAAGGGGACUAUGUACAAUGUUUCUUGUAUCUUCAAUAAAUAUCUCUAUUUUUCAUAUUACAUGGCUGGAUAUUUUACGAACAGACCUUGUGUAUGCGUGCGUCUGUAUGUGCGUGUUUUAUAUACAAAAAACUUGGGUUCUUUUUUCUACUGCCUCAAGAACAUGUCAUUAUUCUGAUUCUGAAAAUGUUAUAAUCUCACCAGAUUUUUCCUCUACAAUCUACUGCUCAGGGAGACUCUCAGGGAUCACAACUACAGAGUCAGGACUCCAGCAUCUUGCAACUUUCUUCCAGCCACAGACUGACCUCCAGUCCAGCCGGUAAGAAAUAGGAUAUUGUUAAAACAGGCUGGUAAAUCACUGUGUACAAAGACUCCCAAUAGUUGUUACAAAUAAGAUGAGUUUCAUGAUAUCCCCGUUUUACUAUAAAUAAAUUUGCUCAAUUAUUUUCCCUGAGGCAAACAUGGAGAGGAUGUGAUAACUGUAAAUCUUGUUUAUGGGUGUUGUGACUUGGUAUUUAAAGGAACACUAUAGGCACCAAAUCAACUUUAGCUCGAUGAAGCAGCUUUGGUGUGUAUAGAUCAUUCACCUGCAGUCUCACUGCUCAAUUAUCUGAUAUUUAGUAGUUAAAUUACUUUGUUUAUACAUCCCUAGUCCCACCUUUCUGCAUGCGACUUGCACAACCAUCCUAAACACUUCCUGUAAAGAAUCAUCUAAUGUUUAUACUUCCUUUAUUGCAAAUUCUAUUUUAUGAGAAUUUCUUAUCUUCUGCUCUGUUAACAGCCGUCUAGUCGCUGCAAAGCCUCCUGUGUGUGUGAUAAAAGUUCACUUUACAGAGCAGGAUAUAAAAAAUUAUAAAACAAGUUAAAACCUGAUUGAAAAUUAAACCAUUUUGUUUGUUUUCAUGCAAGCUGGGUGAGUCACAGCCAGCAAAGGUGUGGCUAGGCCUGCAUGGACAAAAACACAAAUGAUUUAACUUUAAAUGGUAGAUAAUUGAGCAGUGAGACAACAGAAGCAUGAUAUAUACACCAAAUCUGUUGAUUUGUUGCCUAUAGUGUUUCUUUAAUAAUACUUACUUGGUGAAUCAUACUCCCAUUUUCUGUAUAACCUGUUUUGAAUUUUGGAUCCAGCGUCGGACUGGGAAUGAAAAGCAUUCUAUAAUUCUAUACCAGCCCCAUAAUGCAUCGUACCAGCAUAGUGUGCAGAUAUGAAAGCGAAAAAAAAAAAAAAUGAAAACAGAAAACUAUUACUCAAACGUAAAAAGAAAGCACUUAUAGGGCUUCAAAAUAAACAAAAGAGCGGAUUUGUUGUAAGCAAACGUACAUUUUCAUAUAAUCAAUGUUACAGUACAACUACCUUGACAUAUUAACCCCUUAAGGACGGCGGGUGUUCAAUGCCGUCCUUAGGGAACCGGCUCUAAAUGCCAGAGGGCGGCAUAGAACGCCGAAACCGUCCUUUCUACUUACCCGGUUGCCGGCAAUCCCACGCCGGCGAUCGCGGUGUGGGGACUUACAUGGGAGCCCAGGGAGUCCCCCUCCGUCUUCUUUGGCCCCCCUGGGCCAUGUGAUCGCGAGGUCCUUGCCAAGACAGGUACUCCACCUGCUGUCUGUAAAUAAAAUGAAAUAAAGUUAAAACAGUGUAAAAAUAAAUAAUAUAUACUUAGAUCAUAUAUAUGUAUUUAUUAAAUAUAUGACCUAAGUGUGUGUGUGUGUAUAUAUAUAUAUAUAUAUAUAUAUAUAUAUACAUACACAUAUAUACACAUACACUGUCUAAGUGUAUUUUAAUAUUAAUAUAUAUAAUUAUAAAUAUAUAUUAUCAAAAUACACGUACAAUGAUAUUGAUUAAAUAUAUAUAUAAUUUUCAUUAUAUAUUUAUAUAUAAUAUAAAUAAAGAAAUAUGUAAAUAUGUUAAAAAAUAAAAUAAAAAAUAAUAAAUAUAUGUGUGUAAAUUUGUUCUAUUUUAAAAUUAAUAUAUAUAUAUAUGAAUAUCAAAAUACAUGUAGAACGAAAUAUAUAUAUAUAUCUAUAUACAUAAGUAUAUACGUAUAUAUCACUAUAUAUAUCCCUAUAUAUAAAUAAAAAUAAUUUAAAAAAAUUAAUAUACAUAUAUAUAUAUAUAAUUCGACGUAUAUAUUUAUGUAAUAAAAUUUCAUAAUUAGGUCAUUUCAUUAAUUACAAUUAGCGGAACCUGCCUGACAACCCAGGCAGGUCCAGCUAAUUUAAUUUGCUAGCACUAUAUUUAACCCUGUAGCUUUCCAAGACACCAUAAAACCUGUACAUGGGGGUACUGUUUUACUCGGAAGACUUCGCUGAACACAAAUAUUAGUGUUUCAAAACAGUAAAAUGUAUUACGACGACGAUAUUGUCAGUAAAAGUGAAUUUUUUUGCAUUUUUCACACACAAAUGGCACUUACACGGACAAUAUAAUCGCUGUGAUACAGUUUACUGUUUUGAAACACUAAUAUUUGUGUUCAGCGAAGAGACACUAUAGGCACCACAACAACUACAGCUUAUGGUAGUUGUUCUGGUGGGUAAAGUCAGUCCCUGCAGGCUUUUUUUUUUUGUUUAAUAUCGUUUUUAUUGUGUUUCCAAUAGGUAAAACCAUUGCAUGGGGUACAGAAGAAAAAUAGGGUUAAAAAAUAUAACAUAGUAGGGAUUCCGUUGAGUUAUACAUAAAGAUUAAAUCAGACUUUUUCGUGUAUACGUGUACCUGUCCUUUGUUAACGGGAUGCGGUGAAAGGGAUGGGGCGGGGGGAGGUAAGGUGAGCGGGGGGGAGCGGUGGUUGGGGAACGGGGAAUCUUGUCGCUACCUGCCUGUACAGAGGUUUAGAGUCUAGCGGUUAUAGUUUUCCGGCUCAGUGUGGUAAGGGCUGCAGGCUUUUUGCAGUAAAAACGGUCUUUUCAGAGAAAAUGCAAUGUUUACAUUUCACCUCUAGUGUCAGACAGCCACUAAAGGCGAGGUGCUUCCUAGGUCAGUGCUGCACAGUCUGUAACAACGACAUUCAGCGUCUCUAUGCUGAUCUUUCCACAUAGAGAUGCAUUGAUUCAAUGCAUCUCUAUGAAGAGAUGCUGAUUGGCCAGGGUGGUGUUUUGACCCCCUCCGCCUCCUUGACGAUCUUAGCCAAUCCAGUGUUUUUUCCUAUGGGAUGAGGUCAGCCAAGAGGGCCGACUGGGGCGGGGCAAAGCAUCACAAUUAUGUACGUUUUCUUACUUUUUAAUGGAGGCAAGCAACCUAAGUGGUGGUUUUAACACUAUAUGGUCAGGAAUACACGUUUGUGUUUCUAACCCAAGACAGUAAAUAAAGUCUUCAGUUUAUCUGUGAAAGAAACUUCUUCUAGGUUGGACAAUGUAAAAUAUAUUCCAAGCAAAAGACACAAAGUAAGCAUUUAAAGAGACCUUAAUUAUUACAACAUAUUAUAGUGGUUAUGGUUGUAGCGGAGCUCCCUGUACCUCUGCCAAGGAUCGCUUCCUGGCUGGAGCCGGGGAAAACCUCUGCACUUGUGCCCCAGUCGCCGUGGCUUGAUUGGGAUCCCCCUGCAGCCUCUCCGUCCUGGAACAGGAUAGGGGACUAGCUCUAUUGCCUCCCAGGGACUGGACAACACACAGUCCUGGGAGCUGUAGUCCUUACAAGGACUUUCCUAUGGUGCUUUUGAGGGUCAACUUUCGGGAGCUCCUGUGUCCAAAAUACGGGUUGCCCCGCCUGGCUCUCAGGUAGCGUUUGCUCAGACACCUUCCCUCCAAAAAGCGCUCUCCUAGUGGAUUCCACAGUGGUUCAAAACCCCAGACCAAAUUGUCCGGUAACCGCACAGUCACCUCAUGCUGAAAACAUUUCAAUAACAUUCGCGGCUAAGUACCGCUGAGCUGACCAGGGAUCCACAAAGUCCUCAUGCCGAAAUUAGUUCCAUAGCGGUCGUGGCUAAGUGCCGCUGAGGACCAUUCAUAGGUUUGGUUCAUGCGAACAGCCGCCAGGGAGCUAGCGUUCGGUUCCAUUCGAAUGAAGGGAAAAUGCCGAACCAGGGGCACCCAAGGAAAGCUACAAAUAGCGACUGGGCAGGGUAACUCCCGAAUGGUGUCUCCAACCUGGACCAUAGUCGGUGGGCAGGAGGCCAGCUUUCACACUCCUCCAGGAGUUCUUGGCAAACGUUCAUAGCAAGGAGCGUUUGUCACAGUGGUGCUGUUCGUUUUGGUUUCCUGUCAAAUACCAUUUGAGCUAUUUGACAGAAACUAAGAUUAGCACACUUCCAAUACACUGAAGCUGCCUAUAUAGCCCUACAUUUAAUAAGUAGUGAUGUCCCGAACGGUUCGCCACGGACGGCGAACAUAUGCGCUGUUCGGUCCGCCCCCUAUUCGUCAUCAUUGAGUAAACUUUGACCCUGUACCUCACAGUCAGCAGACACAUUCCAGCCAAUCAGCAGCAGACCCUCCCACCUCCUGGACAGCUCACUAAGAAUGCAGCUUCACAAUGAAUGUAAAAUGGAUGCUGUCCAUGAGGUGGGAGGGUCUGCUGCUGAUUGGCUGGAAUGUGUCUGCUGACUGUGAGGUACAGGAUCAAAGUUUACUCAAUGAUGACAUAGAGGGCGGACCGAAUAGCGCAUAUGUUCGCCGUCUGCGGCGAACCGUUCGGGACAUCACUAUUUAUAGGCUUUCUAAAUGAUUUAAUACUGAAAUUUUGUAGACAUUAUUUUAGAAUUUUUUUAUAAUAUUAAAACAGAGCCUAUAAUGCAAAUAUUAUACUUCCACAUUAUCCUUUCCACUUAGGUGGCGAUUAUAGUCUGCGAGUAUUGGGAGAGCGUUAACAGUGGUACGACACCAUAGCUAUUACAAAACGUGGUCAUAGUUAAGGUGCUUGAGAGUGCCCCUUCAAAAUAUAUGAACGUUAUCAAACAUUGCUCAUUAUUUCCUCAUUUUCUCUGAGGUACUGACAAAAUUUAAAUGAUUCCAGACAGAGCACAGACAGCGCCUUGAUCGGCAGGACUCACAACCAAUGCUGAGUACUCUGAGGGUUAUUCUAAAGCGAUUAGUUGGGGUGAUUGGCGCAGCAUGGCAUUUUGCUAUGCAUGUAUAAGUCUCCCAAUUCUUUUCCAUGGGAAAGCACUAGCACUAGACUGGCUGAGAUUGUCAAGAUUGAUGAUCACAGUCAUGGAGUUGGUUCCAGUCACAGCGAGAACACAUUUCCCAUGUGAUUGGAGGGGGGACAUUCACCUAAACAGACACACUCACAAUCAUUGAUUUAACUAACACACACACACACUCUCUCUCUCUCAUUAUUAUUUGUUUUAUUUUAAUUUGUGCACCCAGCCUCUCCCUACCUUUGGGAGAGUUGGCGUGAAUCCUUUCCUGUGGUUCAGCUGCUCUGAUCAUUUUCGUCUUCUUGCUCUGCUUCCUUGUGAGCAAUUUAGUAAUGCCGAGUCAGCAUCAUAGGAAGACGUGUGAGGUAGAAGAGCUAAAAGAUUACUGCUUGUUGCCUCUGCUCUCAGUUAGCCAGCCAUACACCCGCCCUCCUCCGAUCUCCAUGAGCUGCCUGCCUCCAAUCUUAAUCAGCGAAUCAGUGGCUCUCCCCAUUGUAUAAAAAACUAACUGAAAAAAAGACUUUUUGAUUUAAUGGGGAUCUAUUGAUUGGCUUCGAGUAGGCACAGGCAACCUUAGUCACUGCAGAUGUUUUGGACUAUACCUCCCAUGAUGCUUUGCAAGAGCAUUAUGGGGGAUGUAGUCCACAACCUCUGGAGUGCCGAAGGUUGCCAAUGCCUGGCUUAGAGCUUCAGCUGACCACACUAACCACUCAGUGGCAACCCUGCUCAGCGGCAUCUGUAACUCAGAUUCAGAAGCCAGAUACUACCCGGGAUACCUGGAGAUUGGCGUUGGAAGCAAAUGUUGGUGUUAAACCCUUUAAAGGACCACUAUAGUGCCAGGAAAACACUCGUUUUCCUGGCACUAUAGUGCCCUGAGGGUGCCCGCACCCUCAGGGUCCCCCUCCCGCCCGGCUCUGGAAAGGGGUUAAAACUUACCUUUUUCCAGCACUGGGCGGAGAGCUCUCCUCCUCCUCCUCUCCGUCGGCUGAAUGCGCACGCGCGACAAGAGCUGCGCGCGCAUUCAGCUGGUCACAUAGGAAAGCAUUCAUAAUGCUUUCCUAUGGACGCUGGCGUGCUCUCACUGUGAAAAUCACAGUGAGAAGCACGCAAGCGCCUCUAGUGGCUGUCAAUGAGACAGCCACUAGAAAAGGGGGAAGGCUUAACCCAUUCAUAAACAUAGCAGUUUCUCUGAAACUGCUAUGUUUAUAAAAAAAAUGGGUUAACCCUAGAAGGACCUGGCACCCAGACCACUUCAUUAAGCUGAAGUGGUCUGGGUGCCUAGAGUGGUCCUUUAAGGCAAGAGAGUGACCUGGGGACACCUGGCACAAUAACUUAAUUUAGAUGAAGUUGUUAUGGUGACCAGAGUGUCCUUUUAAUUGUGAUACACACCUAAACAUUAUCCAACGAUCAACCACUUUUCUUUUAUCUGUUUGUAUAAUAAAAGCAAGUGAAAAUAAAACUAUCAUUUGUGAGUGUGAAGAACUCAGACUGAGAUAAAAUUUUAUUGAAAUUCCAAGACAAUCAAAAUGUAUAAUAAGAAAGUAGACACUACUGUUUCUUAUGGAUGAAACAGUUUUUGGCAAAAUGCCUGCUGCAUCUUCUUAUUUUGUAUCUUCCACCACUAGCGAUGACUGCUGAGAACAAGCAUCUUCUAGCACAAUAGAAACAUUUGGCAUCUCAUUGUCAUGUGUGAGAAGAUCAAUGAAGUAAAACAGUUCUUACAUAAGCACAUCUCUCCAUGGGUGCCACCAUGCAAACAGAUGUCCAUGCAGGGAAUCUUGAAGACAAAAUAGUUAUAGUUGCUUUAACAUAAGCCCAGCAUAUCAGUUCUCUCUCAAAUUCCACUGAAUACUAUAGUUUCAAGAGGGAAAAAAAAGUGGAUUAGGAUCUAUUAAUUUUUAGAGCAUUACAUGCCUUGAGUAAUGCUAAAGCAACACUAAGCACUACAACUACUACAUAGAAUAGGUAGAUGGAUCAGCGUUAAGUGACCACUAGGUGGUAAUAGUAUCUAGAGAAAAGAUAGCAACCUAAAAAAAUGGGGUGUACCCUCAAAACACAACAAUAGAAAAUACAAAAUGUAAAAACAAAAUAUUAGGUUGCGCCAAACAUAUAAACAGUGUGUACUUACAUAAAAUGAAUGAAAUAAAAUAAAGUCCUGAUAAAAUAUAUGAAGUAAAAUUAGUCCAAGUUUGAUUGUAGGGAUGAGAAAAGUAUUGUGGGCUUUAUGAAAUCCGAGGUAAUUGAUGUCCGGAUCACGCAGAAACAUACAAAUAAAAAGAAAAAGUACCAAUCGUGUAAAACUGUGGUGGAGAAAUUGAGGUUUUCUUGAUGGUAGCGCUACUACUCACCUAUAGUAGAGCUAUAACCAGCUCAGGAAUAAAUCGCUUUCAGUGGCGUUGAUCCCCCACUGGCAGGAUAUAGGUGAAGGUUAGUAGUACAGGUCCUCAUGAUAGGGAGAGAGAAAAACAGAAACAAAUAGUGCUUUCUGUAUGCGUCAAAAAAGAUAAAUAUAUUAAAAGGUAUAUUACUCACAUGAAAGUGAGCAGAGAAUGCUGCUCACUGUAGUAGCGUAGGUGGUAUAAUCCCCACCUGGGAUUCUUGGGUGAGUCAGGAAAUCCAAUGUAUUCAGUGACCAGGUAACAAUAAUAAAAAUAAUAAACACUUUAUGUAAAAAAGGGUAUAUGACACAAGUACAAAUUAAGGGGCCAAUAUUCCUUUAAUAAAAUGAGAAAGUAUACAUUAAAAAGCAGCCAAACGCGUUUCACCAAUAUAUGGCUUCAUCAAGUGGCAAUAAAAGAAAUACCUGGUACAUAGGAGUUUAUAUAGAUACUGACAUACAUUUCAUUUUUUGAAUUUGGCGCCAAAAUGACAUCACAAUUAAAAUUACCAUACAUUAUAAAACUGAUCAAAAUCCAUACAUACAUAUGUUGUUUUAGAAAGUUUGUUUUAAACACUUUUAACUCUUUGUUUUGGUAAAUAAACUGUAUAUUGUAACUCUGUAAAUCUUAUAGUAAUAUGUAUGUAUGGAUUUUGAUCAGUUUUAUAAUGUAUGGUAAUUUUAAUUGUGACGUCAUUUUGGCGCCAAAUUCAAAAAAAUUAAAUGUAUGUCAGUAUCUAUAUAAACUCCUACCAGGUAUUGCUUUUAUUGCCACUUGAUGAAGCCAUAUAUUGGUGAAACGCGUUUGGCUGCUUUUUAAUGUAUCUUUUCUCAUUUUAUUAAAGGAAUAUUGGCCCCUUAAUUUGUACUUGUGCCAUAUACCUUUUUUUUUUUUUACAUAAAGUGUUUAUUAUUUUUAUUGUUGUUACCUGGUCACUGAAUACAUUGAAUUUCCUGACUCACCCAAGAAUCCCAGGUGGGGAUUAUACCACUUACGCUACUACAGUGAGCAGCAUUCUCUGCUCACUUUCAUGUGAGUAAUAUACCUUUUAAUAAAUUUAUCUUUAUUGACGCAUACAGAGAGCACUAUUUGUUUCUGUUUUUCUCUCUCCCUAUUGUGAGGACCUGUACUACUAACCUUCACCUAUAUCCUACCAGUGGGGGAUCAACGCCACUGAAAGAGAUUUUUUUCCUGAGCUGGUUAUAGCUCUACUAUAGGUGAGUAGGAACACUAGCAUCAAGAAAACCUCCAUUUAUCCACCACAGUUUUACACUACAACUACUACAGCCUACUGUAUUGGUUAUGAUGCAAGGCAAUAAGUUCCCUGGCUUCCUUCAAGGGUAAAUAGUCAUAUACAAAAAGCAAGGGUGGAACAGCGCUACAAUAACUGAUCACAAGGGGGCUGCACAUCUGAAUAGGAAGGUCACAAGCAGAACAAAGGAUACAGGUAGCGCCAAAAUAAAUACAAUACUGUGGUAAGUAAUCAAAAAAAGGUACCAAGUAAAAGAUAGAAAAUGUCCCUUUGAGGUUUUAAAAGUCUUCAAAUGUUGAAUAAGAUGUCUCCGGUGUGGUAUCACAUCAAUGGCAUAUGCAAAAGAUAAAAUAGGAGACCAAUACUGCAGUAUUGCAAGUUUAUGGACUAUAGACAAUGCAGAACUAAAAAUUGCCAACUCAUGUUUUUCAGAGUUAUAACCAGCUCUCGGUACAGCUUACAGUGGUAUUUCAACUCCCCACUUAUAGGAUAUCCCUCAAACAGUAGUUGUAGUGUAGUUUAUAUGCAAUUAAAGAAAAAGAAGACCCAUGGUGCUCUACAUAUUUGCAAAUAAGUAGUAGUAAAAUGAAAUGUACUUACAAUUUUGAGAGCAGACAAACCGCUCUAUGGUAACAGCGUGGGUGGAAUAAUCCCCACAUAGGAUACUUUUGAUGAUGGACCGGAUACGUAUGGGAAACAGGUUGCGCCAAGUACAAAUUAAAUAAAAUAAAAACUAAAUAAAAGUAUAAAAGACUGUCCCAAAGCAAAUAGGUAGUCUAAAAAUCUUACUUUUAUUUAAACAAUAAUAAAAUCACUUAUUCAACAUUUGAAGACUUUUAAAACCGCAAAAGGACAUUUUUAUCUUGUUACUUUUUUUGAUUACUUACCACAAUAUUGUAUUUAUUUCGGCGCUACCCAUAUCCUUUGUUCUGUUUGUUCUAAGUAGUCAAAUAGUUUGAUAACUUGCUUGCCGUCUGCCUGGAACUUACCACCACUACCUGCAAGGAGCUUCCAUUAGCUCCACUGAAUGAAGCUCUGCUGUGCAGGGCUGGUUCACUGGCGGACAGCUAUUAGCCAGUGUACCAGCACUGCCAGGCUUAGCACAGUGCAGCACAUUCCAGCUGAGGAUCAUUUGCAGUUGUGAAGAAGAGUUGCUAACUUCAGCAGAGCUUGGUAGGAGCUCGUAGUGAUCACGACUAGCGGCAGAUCAUGUUACUAGUUGACAUCAAUGCGCCAGAGUAUUACAUUUGACUUUUCAGAGCAAUUGCCUGGUCAGCCAAAAAUUAUGAGGUGAAUAAAGACAAGAUGUUGAAAAUGCUUAUUGUCAAUGUGAUCUUUGUUUCCACACAGUGUCCUCGGCAAGCAUGGCACACUACCAGAAUUCCAGUACCCCAGAGAGUCACAGUCACCUCCUGUCUCCCUCACACAGCUCCAUCGACAGUUUUAUUUCCACACAAAUGGCAUCAUCAUCACAAUGACACUAAUGACGUUCUCUGAAACAAACCUGUGUUACAGCUGCAAGUGGCAAAAUGUCGACUGUGGGUGGAUGAAUAAGCUUUCCUUCCUGUGUGGAUAUGCCAGUGAAAGACAGAAAUGGUAGAAAUCGCCAGGAGUGACUUUUGGAAAUAUUUGUAUCAGCAGAACAUAGACUCCAGUGGAGAAUAUACACAGGUUACAGACAGCCACUGUAGCGUCAUCUCAGAACAUCCCUGCCUUUCACUGACAUACAUAUGUUAGAACGUGAUUCUACCUGACUCCUGAAAUGGAAAGUACAUCAUCAGUGAUGAAAUCUGAUAUUUUCUAUGAUUUGUUCCCCAGGUCAUUACAAUAUUCCAUUGGUGUGCUCUUAUUUCAUUUUCCCACAUAGCCCGUUACUCUUUUUCUGUGCCCGAGAAGUAUCACCUGCUAAACUCUGCUCAUUCUCUACAAUGUCUUUUUUCUUAUUUUUCUUUUUCACAUAUUUUGCAUUGCUCUCUGUCUGAAGUAAAUCACCAUCCUCUACUAUGUCUCUCUUUUUUGUCUUUUUCACAAUCAGUCCAACACACUCUGUCUGAAGAACAUCUCCCACUUUAUCCUCUUUCUUCUUUUUUUUGUUUUCCACUUUGAAUCCAUUUAACUCUGUGUUAGUCUGAAGAAUGUCUCCCUUUUCAUCCUCUAUGUCUUUCUUCUUUUUUGCAUUCAGUCCACUGCUCUCUCUCUUUGUCUGAAGGACAUCUUCUACUAUGUCUUUUUUCUUCUUUUUCUUUCGUUUCUUCUUCUUUUUUGGACCGUCACAGGUUUCAUUGGAGUUUGCUAUAUGUAUACUCUGCAAUGCGCUGUUCUGGAGGAUGUCAAUGCCUGAUACAGCGGCCUCCCGGCAUCUUUGCUCCUCCUCUUCACUAUCCUCACUGUGGAAAAAAAAAGUUAUAUUACUGAGUUGUAUUCAAACUAAAAGAUUUACACAAAACGCAGUGAUUGAGAAAAAAAAAAUCUAAAAAAAAAUAAUCAAGAUUACACAAUAUUUGUUGAAGAAAACCAAUGACUGGAGCAAAGGGCUAUCUACCGUACAUUGCAAUUGUCAUGUAUAGCAUAGGUAAAGCCUUGAUAAAAAUUAGGAAGCUACACAUCUUCAGAAACUGCUCUGGAAUGCAGGUGUGCUUCAGAAAUAAAGUGAGCAAAAAAUAUGUGGGGGCAUUAUCAUGUACAAAGAAAAGUACCUAAAGGUUACUGUGAAAAAUCAUUCUUGUUCCGCUUCCAUCUUAAAGGACCACUAUAGUGCCAGGAAAACACUUGUUUUCCUGGCACUAUAGUGCCCUGAGGGUGCCCCCACCCUCGGGGUCCCCCUCCCGCCCGGCUCUGGGGAGAGGAAAGGGGUUAAAACUUACCUUUUUCCAGCGCCGGGCGGGGAGCUCUCCUCCGAUCCUCCUCUUCUCCUCCCAUUCGGCUGAAUGCGCACGCGCAGCAGGAGCUACGUGCGCAUUCAGCCGGUCUCAUAGGAAAGCAUUUACAAUGCUUUCCUAUGGACGCUUGCGUGCUCUCACUUUGAUUUUCACAGUGAGAAUCACGCAAGCGCCUCUAGCGGCUGUCAAUUAGACAGCCACUAGAGGAAUUGGAGGAAGGAGUAACCCAUUUACAAACAUAGCAGUUCCUCUGAAACUGCUAUGUUUAUAAAUAAAAUGGGUUAACCCUAGCUGGACCUGGCACCCAGACCACUUCAUUAAGCUUAAGUGGUCUGGAUGCCUAGAGUGGUCCUUUAAGUUAAUUUCUGGUAAAAAUUCAACAUCUCUUUACAAAGCCUACCUUUAGCACAUAGUGCUUAUUGCCCAACCUUCCUGGUGAUUUUAAUAUCGAAAGCAAACAAAAUACCUUUUGUUUUGCGGGAUAUAAAAUUACACAAAGUCAAUUCAUUGUAAACUUAAUGGACGUAACAAUCUCCUUCAAAAAUCACUUUCUACUGAAUUUGGGGAACUGGAUAAUUUCAUCAUGUCCAAGAAGAAUCCAGUAGUCAGACAGAUUAAAAAUAUGUAUUUAGGGACUGACCAUCCUUAGUUACUAUAUGUCUGGUCAAUAUUGUAAAAAUCGCUCUCAAUUCACCGCUUUCAGUUAAAUAUACAAUAAAUUUGUUAUUAUUCCAUUCUUACAGAAAACGUAAACAGUAAUCUGUUAAAUGCGAACAACUCUAAAAUGCUCCAUUUUAAUCAUAAAUGUGUUCAAGAAAAACCCACAAAAGUGAUGAUUGAAUACUUGGAGCAGACUAGAUUCUAACAAUCUUUCACCUUCCCAAGCAACAAUAUUUCAUUUACAUGCACACCUAAGUUUGAAAAACUGAAUCAAAACCUUAAGAAGGCAGUCCACUUUUUAUUGAAAAACCUCAUUAUAUGUUUUUCUUUAUGCUGUAUAGUAAAAAAUAAAUUAAAAAAACCAAAACACCAAGAAACAGGCAAGGAAGGGAUUAGCAUCAGGGGAGAAUAAUAAUGAGAACAUUGCCCACUGCCUUUUUAAACCGUUCUCUUGCAAGUUUCCUCACUCAUUACCUGUCUAUGCUCACCGCCAUAUACGCUUGUCUAGUUUCUGCAUUUUACUUAUUAGCCCACUUUAGAAGAAGGAAAUGGGUCAAUUUGCCUUCUGUUACAGAGCUCCAUUACUGUGGAGUAACUUUCCAGGAAAUCACAAAUUCCCCACCAAUUUAAAGUCUCACUAUCCACAAUGAAGCUGAAAUCAUUGCAAAUGUUUAAUUAUUUGUUUUGUAUAUAUUUGUUUUAAAUGUAUCCUUGUAACCACCUCAUUGUAGUGUUUAUACUCUCCAAGACACAAGACCAAAGAAAUCCAAUGUAUUCUUCUUACUGGUAAUACACUUUUUAAAUAAACAAAUAAGUAAAUAAAUGUGUUUAGAUGUGGAGGAAACCGUUUCAAGGGACACUUCACAAUGGAGAUAACCCAGCUGCGUAAUGCACUACACAAAUAAUUCAGAAAGACUAUACUGUGCUUUAAAGGUUACAUCUGCUGAAAGUCACC